AUGGGGCAGGCGUGCUUUGAGUCAAGCGUGCUGCUGGUGUUUGGGACGGGCGACAGCUCAGGCCACACCCCCCUCGGUGGUCAGACGAAGCUCACUCUAACCCCCUCUCCAAUUGUUUCAAGAUGAGUUUGGUUCGCUUGUCCCUUCUUGAGAGCCAAUACAAGCCAGACAUCCUUUCUACUGCUGGGGGGAUGAAUGGAAAUGAUCUGCACUGGCAAGUGUAAACAAAUACUGCAGCUCUUUUCAAGGUGCGCACAAAUACACACAUAUGCACGCACACACACAAACACACACUCGUGCUCUCUCUCUCUCUGUCUCUCUCUCACGCACGCACUUUGAUCUUCUGCUGUUAUCCUCUAUGCAGCGCGAAGACUACUUCCCCUCCUUGCCGCUGUGUCCAGUCCAAAGACGUCUACAUCACAGGGCAGACACAUCCAAUAGUGUCCCUAAAAUACAAUACCCUAAAAUACCUCAAUGUCUAUUUUCAUUUCAGAAAAUAUUAAGUAGGUCAUAGUUGCAUAAGCUUUCAUAAAAUUAUAUUUAAUCUGUGGAGAUACCAUGGUUAUUUUAUGCCCUAUAUAUUAUAAUAUAUCACAUUUGUAUUUAUGGAGCUACAAAUACAUAUUCAUAAAUGUAGGAAUGUGAAUUGUAGUAUUUAGGGGAUAAAGGAAACAGUGCCUUGGAUACUAUUUUUAUUAAAAUACCUCUGUUUUAUAAUUUCAACAAAGCUUUGAAAUACAUUUUGUUCCUUAAAUAUUAAAGGUGAAUUCGGGGUGAUUAAGAAUGAGUUAUCAUGCUCCUUUUCCUCUUCUCAAGACAUUUCCACCAUCUUGAUUUCAUUUCCAAGAAUUCAAAAACAUACAUAUAGUUGGACAUUUUUCAUUAUAUUUUAGUUUCUUUGUCCCCCAAUAUAUGUUAUUAAUAUAAGUUAUUGCACUGAUUUAAAUCCAUAAUUUUUUAUUCCUGUAAUAUUUUAAAUGUUUAUGAAUACCUUCAUGCCCCUGCCUAUUUAAUCACCUAUGGAACUCUAGAUGGCAGUAUUCAGCUUCCAGCUGUACGGCUUCAUAAGGGGUUUAUUAAAGCAGCAAUCAGCAGUUUAAACAAUAACAAAGCUAACGCCCCACCUCUGUUUUGGAAAAAACCUGAGGGAUAGGGCUGGAGAAAUGUAACCACUUUCAAUUUCAUUGACAGCUAUGGAUGCAAGGACUGACCAUCCAUGAUAUACAAAUGAUAGUUUUAACUAUGUUUUGAGGCUAUAUAGUGUUUAUUUACAUUUACUUUGUUUACAAACAUUGGAGGGAAACAAGCUUAUGUUUUGGGUUCUGAUGGGGUACGACAGUUGAAAUAAGCUCAUGAGCCAUGUGUUAUAUUCUUCAAGAAUCAAUGGGUACUUUUCUUUAAGUCCAAAAAUGGAUGAACCAACUGCAUAUUGUCCCUUUAAAUAAGAAUUACAAUGAUCCAUGGGAUCUGUCUGUCUCCAUCCAUAACCAUGGCAAAACUAAGUUAGGUUAAUUAUUAUAUGACAUUUUUUUACAUUACAAUUUCACAGAAUAAGCACCAUAUUAGGAAUGUACAGGUCUGGUAUAUGGGCCAGUUGAAAACAAGCACCAGCAUUUAGUCAUUUAUCAUCAGGCUGGGAUAGCAGCAAUCGUGUGUGUGUGUGUGUGUGGUGUUAGCCUUGGACAAGCAUGUGUACAAGCCAUUCAAAGCGGGUCAAGGCAGGUUACUUUUUGUGAAGUGUUGGUCUGGUAAGUCCCAGGACCUUUAACAUGCUCUGGACUGCUCCCACUCCCAGCUCAAGUUUCUCUGUCGGAAUUAGCCAUUAUAAACGCGACAAAGGAAUAAAACAGUAAUUGAGAAGGCGGCGAAACCGGAGCCCCAUUUAACCGGCUGACCAGCUGGAUCACCGCUCUCCCUUUUUGCCUUCGUGUUGCAAUAACAGUCCAUUCUGGUGGCUGUUGAACUGCGCCGAUACCCCUGAGUGUUUGAGGCCAUAUCGGAGUUUGAGAAAGCCAGGCUUUGUUUACACUAAUGUAGGCAUAAUAAGGCAGGCUAGUCUUACUGAGAGAGAUUAAUCACGACCGUGCAUUUGAGUGUCUGCAGAGUAUUUAAACACAAACAGAAUGGGAGUCGAGAACGAGCACUGAUUCAUUGAUCCAUUAAUACGUAUAUUAUUAUAGGGCUCUCUCUGCUCUAUCCAAUGCCCUUAAGGCUCUACUCAGCUUACUGUGUCAGACAGCUAUGUGGGGGGAAUUUGUACUUUUUCUCUUAUGACUGAACCGUCCAAAAUCCACCCAUCGUAUGUGCUUUAAGGUUAAUAAUCAGGAUCAUUAAAGUGUGAAUACAUCAAAGUCGAUUUAAACCAAAUGGUUGAUUCACGUGGGGCUAAUCGCACGCAGAACGCCCGUCCACGGAGCUACAUUUUACAUGUGCCUAUAGAAACAUUGGCAGGUUACUUAUGCAUCAAAGACACGUAUCCAGGUGCAAAAAAAAAAAGAGAGAGAGACAUUUUCCCGGGGUAUGUAACUGAUUCACUAUGUACCUAGCUGACAUUCACUCUGAUCCCAACCUUUAAAUUGGAAGAAUUGAAAUCGACCGGGGAAAAAAAUAUAAAUAAAACGAUGAUAUAAACAUGUAUGUUUUGUUUGUUCUCGUUUGCUCUCUCACUCUCUUGCAGUGGGAUUGAUAUAUUUACAGUUGUCAAUGUGAAUUUGGGAAAAACUCAAGGUUAAAACGUAUAAUCUUUUCGUUUUUAUUGAAUGCCUCUCGGAACACGUGCUCUUUAAGCCCCUGCCUGAGACACUUAAGGAAAUCAGAGCAGGAUUUUAGAGGCUACGGGGGUUCAUUAGGCGCAGACUGGCCUGACUAUCACCGAGCAAGAGAAGAAGGCGAGAGAGAGAAGGGGAAGGAGAGAAGGAGAUUGAAAGGGUUGAGAGAGAUGGAAGGAGUGAAGGGGAGAAAGAGAGAGUAGGGAGUGAAGGAGAGAGAUGGGGAGAAAGAAAAGGAGAGCAGUAGAGAGAGAGAGAGAGAUAGAAGGAAAUAAGGAGAGAAAAGAGACAGAAAGUGAUGGAGAUCAACAGAGAGCGAGAGAAAGAAAGAGAAAGAGCGAGUCUGUUAUGCUGCCGGUCUCCCAGUGACAGAUUGACACCACAAAUCACACUGAAAAAUUAGACAAGCCAAGAAAAAACGCAGCCGGGAUUACCAAUGGCAACUGCACUACCCAUUCAGCACACAGUACAGUACAUACCCCCAUGCUCUCUUUGUGUGUGUCAUACACUAUGUGAGGGGCAUAUAAAUGAAAAGCACACUCUUCUCCCUUUCUCUUUCCCUUUCUAUUAUGUUCUCUCUUCUGAAGGUGGGACAUGAGGCUAAAAUCUCUCAGGCACUGGGAUAAACAUACUUCACUGAGCGAGAGAGAACACUGGGAUAGGAGAAGCUAAAUGGCUGACACUGUAAAUCUAAGGCACCUCCUGCAUUGUCAGACCUUGAUGAGUGCUCUUUGUUGGUUUUUGUUUGGUUAUCUGCGGGGCAGGCAAGGUUACUAGCUCUUUGCGGCUACUGUAACCCAGUGUGUGUGUGUGUGUGUGUGUGUGUGUGUGUACAUGCUUGUGUCAAGGUACAGCUUUCCGAUGGUACUGUUGCCAGUCUGUGCUCAAAGGGCCCAGGGACAAUGGGGGCAACAGGACCUGGUAGGGUUACGGCCGCUACAGUAAAUUCAUUGAUUUAGCGCACUGUUGCCAACCCUAGCGCCACUACGCUCAGUGGUGCAUGGAGCCUAGGUUGUGAUGUAAAUAUGAUCUUACAGCAGCGCUCCCUAAGCCCUGGCACACAUCAGCGAGCACCUUUGUGCUGGGGAUUAGCGAUUGGCCGUCCAGGAGAGAAACGCAGAGCCUUGGUACCUAGGGAGCAUUUGCAGUGUUUCUGUCUUGGGGCCAUUUGCUGACGCAAAUACAGUGUGUAGAUUGAGCUUACUACAGGAAAUAGAACUGACUUAGUGUGUGCACCUGGAGGUUUCCCUUCUUGUUUGUGUAAAUGUAGUGUUAUUUAAAUAUAUAUGUGUGUGUGUGUGUGCCUAUGUGUGUUUUCACAACCUAAUGCUAAGCUAAUUACACCAAAUGGUGGCAGUGCUGUGUGUAUGAAAAGGUAAAGAGGUGGCGCGAAUGUGUCACCGGGGGAGUAGUGUUAUCUCGUUGUGGCGCUCAAGGACUGAAACCUGAUCCCGCCGUUAGCGCUGGCUGCGCCGCCGUCAUUUGAACUCCCUUUUAGGCAGAAUUCAAUCAGUGUUCUCUCCUUGAUAUGCUGGCCCCUUUUUUUUUGCUGCUCACAAUUCCCCCACCAUCUGGGGAUGAGAACGCCGAAAAUAAUAGAUUUUGUGAUGUCCGGUAUAACGCUUAAUAUCUGAAUCCGUUGUCCCGACUGACUGACAACGUUUUUACCCUUUUGCCUUUUUGAAAGAAAGGAGGCCAUUCUUAAAUUUUGCAAGAAUGAAAACGAAUUAUAUAGGGCUUUUGCAUGGAGCCACUGUGAGUGAAUCCUCUGAACGUUUUAUCCCAUUCAUAUGGCUUGUGCUGCUUGUACUGAGCUACUGUACUGUGUUAUUGGGCUUGUUCGACAUUGUAGUCGACAUUGCCCACCGACUGAUCUACAAAUCACCUAGCAUCAUAAAUAACUAUUCCUUAUUAUUUGUAGAUCAGUCAGUCAGGCACAAUUUACUCACAAUGCUGUACAGGUUUGAUGCUCUCAAACACGGAGAAAUAAGAGCCUGUUUGUAUUGGCUGGCAGUGCCAUCGUCCCAUAGGACACAGGGGGCAGUAGCACGCCACGGACCGAGCUCCCGGUCACUGUCAUUGGCUCACAGAGACGGGGUCACAUAUCUGGUGACAGCUGCCCCCCCCCCCCCCCCCCCCCCCCACUGCCCACCAGACAGGAUGUGGGCCCAGGUCAAAGGUCACAGGACCAGGCUCUAAAGUGUCCUCCAACCAAUAAACACUAACCCCCCUCCCUAACAUACACUCACGCGUGCGCACACACGUCCCCCUCCCUCCUCUCACUAAUCUCCCUAAAGUGCACAAGCAAAGACCACAUUGGAAAUAAGUGUUCAAUAAUGUUGCUUAAUCCAUUCUUAUAAUCAUAAGUAACACAACAUAAAGAGAGACAUUACAAUGCUUUCAUGUUUUAUCCUCUGGGCUUUGUACUUCGCAACUGUACAAUGUCUUAAGACAAUAAAUAAAUCAAAUCAAUUCAAAAGUGUUUUUUAAAAUUGUUUUUCACUGUUGAAAAUUUUUUUAUUUUAAUAAUUUCUCCUGCAGAUCAAUCGAGCGCCGAGCUUCGGGACCGAUCAAAAGAUUGAUUACGACGUGAAGAAAGGGGUCUUGCUCAACGCACUGAAACUUCUCAACAUCAGGUAGGCCUAUAGAUGCGGUGUAUCAGCAACACUUCUACAAUAUCAUCAUCCGCACGGCCUCCCGAGGCCCAUUAUGAGUUCAUCAAAAAGCAUACGCUGAACUUUUGCAUGGCCAAGGCUUUUGAAUGUUUUAGAUUUGUAUUGAUUCUCUUUAUUUCACCACAAACAUUUUCAAUUCUUUGAUGUGCGCACUAUCUACCCCUCUUGUUAUUAGUUUUAGAGCGAUUUCAUUAGAGAUACGGAGUGCGUUGUUUACUAGGCUUCUGUAUUUUGUUUUAACAACUGCUAAUGCUGCAGUCCUUGUAAAAGUGGGUUACGUGCUGGAUUGUUGGAUGGCGAAAAAAAAGAGUUACAAAGCUUAGGCCCUCUUCAUUGCUCCAUGCUCUUUGUGCAUUGUUCAAUCGGUCGUUAUGUGUUACUUACAGUAUGCUUUAUGGUGUACUGUAUAUGUGUGUGUGUGUGUGUGUGUGUGUGUGUGUGUGUGUGUGUGUGUGUGCAGAGUUUCCACUAUAUUCCUUUAGCAGCGGUGGCCCACCCCUACUAAAUUAUUGCCACCGCUGCAAAGAAUAUGAUGUAAUAUAUACAGUUGAAGUCGGAGGUUUACAUACACUUAGGUUGGAGUCAUUAAAACUCGUUUUUCAACCACUCCACAAAUUUCUUGUUAACAAACUAUAGUUUUGGCAAGUCAGUUAGGACAUCUACAUUGUGCAUGACACAAGUAAUUUUUCCAACAAUUGUUUACAGACAGAUUAUUUCACUUAUAAUUUACUGUAUCACAAUUCCAGUGGGUCAGAAGUUUACAUACACUAAGUUGACUGUGCCUUUAAACAGCUUGGAAAAUUCCAGAAAAUUAUGUCAUGUCUUUAGAAGCUUCUGAUAGGCUAAUUGACAUCAUUUGAGUCAAUUGGAGGUGUACCUGUGGAUGUAUUUCAAGACCUACCUUCAAACUCAGUGCCUCUUUGCGUGACAUCAUGGGAAAAUCAAAAGAAAUCAGCCAAGACCUCAGAAAAAAAGAUUGUAGACCUCCACAAGUCUGGUUCAUCCUUGGGAGCAAUUUCCAAAUGCCUGAAGGUACCAUGUUCAUCUGCACAAACAAUAGUACGCAAGUAUAAACACCAUGGGACCACGCAGCCAUCAUACCGAUCAGGAAGGAGACUCGUUCUGUCUCCUAAACGUACUUUGGUGCGAAAAGUGCAAAUCAAUCCCAGAACAACAGCAAAGGACCUUGUGAAGAUGCUGGAGGAAACAGGUACAAAACAGGUACAAAAGUAUCUAUAUAUCCACAGUAAAACGAGUCGUAUAUCGACAUAACCUGAAAGUCGGCUCAGCAAGGAAGAAGACACUGCUCCAAAACUGCCAUAAAAAAGCCAGACUAAGGUUUGCAACUGCACAUGGGGACAAAGAUUGUACUUUUUGGAGAAAUGUCCUCUGGUCUGAUGAAACAAAAAUAGAACUCUUUGGCCAUAAUGACCAUCGUUAUGUUUGGAGGAAAAAGGGGGAGCUUGCAAGCCGAAGAACACCAUCACAACCGUGAAGCACGGGGGUGGCAGCAUCAUGCUGUGGGGGUGCUUUGCUGUAGGAGGGACUGGUGCACUUCACAAAAUAGAUAUCAUCAUGAGGAAGGAAAAUUAUGUGGAUAUAUUGAAGCAACAUCUCAAGACAUCAGUCAGGAAGUUAAAGCUUGGUCGCAAAUGGGUCUUCCAAAUGGACAAUGAACCCAAGCAUACUUCCAAAGUUGGGUGAAUUUUGGCCCAUUCCUCCUGACAGAGCUGGUGUAACUGAGUCAGGCCAUUUGGCUUAAGGACAACAAAGUCAAUGUAUUGGAGUGGCCAUCACAAAGCCCUGACCUCAAUCCUAUAGAAAAUGUGUGGGCAGAACUGAAAAAGCGUGUGCGAGCAAGGAGGCCUACAAACCUGACUCAGUUACACCAGCUCUGUCAGGAGGAAUGGGCCAAAAUUCACCCAACUUAUUGUGGGAAGCUUGUGGAAGGCUACCCAAAAUGUUUGACCCAAGUUAAACAAUUUAAGGGCAAUGCUACCAAAUACUAAUUGAGUGUAUGUAAACUUCUGAUCCACCUGGGAAUGUGAUGAAAUAAAUAAAAGCUGAAAUAAAUCAUUCUCUCUACUAUUAUUCUGACAUUUCACAUUCUUAAAAUAAAGUGGUGAUCCUAACUGACCUAAAACAGGGAAUAUUUACUAGGAUUAAAUGUCAGGAAUUGUGAAAAACUGAGUUGAAAUGUAUUUGGCUAAGGUGUAUGUAAACUUCCGACUUCAACUGUAUAUAUUUGUAUGUACAGUGGGGAGAACAAGUAUUUGAUACACUGCCGAUUUUGCAGGUUUUCCUACUUACAAAGCAUGUAGAGGUCUGUAAUUUUUAUCAUAGGUACACUUCAACUGUGAGAGACGGAAUCUAAAACAAAAAUCCAGAAAAUCACAUUGUAUGAUUUUUAAGUAAUUAAUUUGCAUUUUAUUGCAUGACAUAAGUAUUUGAUACAUCAGAAAAGCAGAACUUAAUAUUUGGUACAGACACCUUUGUUCUAAUUACAGAGAUCAUACGUUUCCUGUAGGUCUUGACCAGGUUUGCACACACUGCAGCAGGGAUUUUGGCCCACUCCUCCAUACAGACCUUCUCCAGAUCCUUCAGGUUUCGGGGCUGUCGCUGGGCAAUACGGACUUUCAGCUCCCUCCAAAGAUGUUCUAUUGGGUUCAGGUCUGGAGACUGGCUAGGCCACUCCAGGACCUUGAGAUGCUUCUUACGGAGCUUCUCCUUAGUUGCCUUGGCUGUGUGUUUCGGGUCGUUGUCAUGCUGGAAGACCCAGCCACGACCCAUCUUCAAUGCUCUUACUGAGGGAAGGAGGUUGAUGGCCAAGAUCUCGCGAUACAUGGCCCCAUCCAUCCUCCCCUCAAUAUGGUGCAGUCGUCCUGUCCCCUUUGCAGAAAAGCAACCCAAAGAAUGAUGUUUCCACCUCCAUGAUUCACGGUUGGGAUGGUGUUCUUGGGGUUGUACUCAUGCUUCUUCUUCCUCCAAACACGGCGAGUGGAGUUUAGACCAAAAAACUAUAUUUUUGUCUCAUCAGACCACAUGACCUUCUCCCAUUCCUUUUCUGGAUCAUGCAGAUGGUCAUUGGCAAACUUCAGACGGGCCUGGACACGCGCUGGCUUGAGCAGGAGGACCUUGCGUGCGCUGCAGGAUUUUAAUCCAUGACGGCGUGGUGUGUUACUAAUGGUUUUCUUUGAGACUGUGGUCCCAGCUCUCUUCAGGUCAUUGACCAGGUCCUGCCGUGUAGUUCUGGGCUGAUCCCUCACCUUCCUCAUGAUCAUUGAUGCCCCACGAGGUGAGAUCUUGCAUGGAGCCCCAGACCGAGGGUGUUGACCGUCAUCUUGAACUUCUUCCAUUUUCUAAUAAUUGCGCCAACAGUUGUUGCCUUCUCACCAAGCUGCUUGCCUAUUGUCCUGUAGCCCAUCCCAGCCUUGUGCAGGUCUACAAUUGUAUCCCUGAUGUCCUUACACAGCUCUCUGGUCUUGGCCAUUGUGGAGAGGUUGGAGUCUGUUUGAUUGAGUGUGUGGACAGGUGUCUUUUAUACAGGUAACGAGUUCAAACAGGUGCAGUUAAUACAGGUAAUGAGUGGAGAACAGGAGGGCUUCUUAAAGAAAAACUAACAGGUCUGUGAGAGCCGGAAUUCUUACUGGUUGGUAGGUGAUCAAAUACUUAUGUCAUGCAAUAAAAUGCAAAUAAAUUACUUUAAAAUCAUACAAUGUGAUGUUCUGGAUUUUUGUUUUAGAUUCCGGCUCUCACAGUUGAAGUGUACCUAUGAUAAAAAUUACAGACCUCUACAUGCUUUGUAAGUUGGAAAACCUGCAAAAUCGGCAGUGUAUCAAAUACUUGUUCUCCCCACUGUAUAUUUCUUCCGAGAUACGCUUUUAAAUGGAUUGUCUUUGGCUCAAUGACUGGAAGUAUAUGGGAACAGCUAGCAUGUCAUUGCACCUGCGUGUGUGCUCAUGCUAUAUGCACUAUUUAUUGUAAGUGUGUACGAUAUGUUAUACUCUAUGUAGUGUGUAUCAAAUAAAAUAAAUAAAUUGUAUUGGUCACGUACAGAUAUUUUGUUGAUGUUAUCGUGGGUGUAGAGAAAUGCUUAUGUUUCUAGCUCUAACAGUGCAGUAAAACAAAACAAUACACACAAAUCCCCAAAAUAAAGUAAUAUAGAAAUAGUAGAACGUCAGAGUCCGGAAUAUAAAUGUAUAUGAUGGUGUGUAUAGAAAUUAUGGACAGUAUAUGAAUAGAAAAGGUGUGUACAGCAGUAGUUUUAUAUAGGAUGAGCCUUGACUAGAAUACAGUAUACAGUGGGGAGAACAAGUAUUUGAUACACUGCCGAUUUUGCAGGUUUUCCUACUUACAAAGCAUGUAGAGGUCUGUAAUUUUUAUCAUAGGUACACUUCAACUGUGAGAGACGGAAUCUAAAACAGAAAUCUAGAAAAUCACAUUGCAUGAUUUUUAAGUAAUUAAUUUGCAUUUUAUUGCAUGACAUAAGUAUUUGAUCACCUACCAACCAGUAAGAAUUCCGGCUCUCACAGACCUGUUAGUUUUUCUUUAAGAAGCCCUCCUGUUCUCCACUCAUUACCUGUAUUAACUGCACCUGUUUGAACUCGUUACCUGUAUAAAAGACACCUGUCCACACACUCAAUCAAACAUUCUCCAACCUCUCCACAAUGGCCAAGACCAGAGAGCUGUGUAAGGACAUCAGGGAUACAAUUGUAGACCUGCACAAGGCUGGGAUGGGCUACAGGACAAUAGGCAAGCAGCUUGGUGAGAAGGCAACAACUGUUGGCGCAAUUAUUAGAAAAUGGAAGAAGUUCAAGAUGACGGUCAACACCCUCGGUCUGGGGCUCCAUGCAAGAUCUCACCUCGUGGGGCAUCAAUGAUCAUGAGGAAGGUGAGGGAUCAGCCCAGAACUACACGGCAGGACCUGGUCAAUGACCUGAAGAGAGCUGGGACCACAGUCUCAAAGAAAACCAUUAGUAACACACCACGCCGUCAUGGAUUAAAAUCCUGCAGUGCACGCAAGGUCCCUCUGCUCAAGCCAGCGCAUGUCCAGGCCCGUCUGAAGUUUGCCAAUGACCAUCUGGAUGAUCCAGAGGAGGAAUGGGAGAAGGUCAUGUUGUCUGAUGAAACAAAAAUAUAGCUUUUUGGUCUAAACUCCACUCGCCGUGUUUGGAGGAAGAAGAAGGAUGAGUACAACCCCAAGAACACCAUCCCAACCGUGAAGCAUGGAGGUGGAAACAUCAUUCUUUGGGGAUGCUUUUCUGCAAAGGGGACAGGACGACUGCACCGUAUUGAGGGGAGGAUGGAUGGGGCCAUAUAUCGCGAGAUCUUGGCCAACAACCUCCUUCCCUCAGUAAGAGCAUUGAAGAUGGGUCGUGGCUGGGUCUUCCAGCAUGACAACGACCUGAAACACACAGCCAGGGCAACUAAGGAGUGGCUCCGUAAGAAGCAUCUCAAGGUCCUGGAGUGGCCUAGCCAGUCUCCAGACCUGAACCCAAUAGAAAAUCUUUGGAGGGAGCUGAAAGUCCGUAUUGCCCAGCGACAGCCCCGAAACCUGAAGGAUCUGGAGAAGGUCUGUAUGGAGGAGUGGGCCAAAAUCCCUGCUGCAGUGUGUGCAAACCUGGUCAAGACCUACAGGAAACGUAUGAUCUCUGUAAUUGCAAAGCAGAACUUAUAUUGUACCAAAUAUUAAGUUCUGCUUUUCUGAUGUAUCAAAUACUUAUGUCAUGCAAUAAAAUGCAAAUUAAUUACUUAAAAAUCAUACAAUGUGAAUUUCUGGAUUUUUGUUUUAGAUUUUGUCUCUUACAGUUGAAGUGUACCUAUGAUAAAAAUUACAGACCUCUACAUGCUUUGUAAGUAGGAAAACCUGCAAAAUCGGCAGUGUAUCAAAUACUUGUUCUCCCCACUGUAUACAUAUGAAGUGGUUAAAACAGUAUGUAAACAUUAUUAAAGUGACCAGUGUUCAAUGACUAUGUACAUAGGGCAGCAGUCUCUAAGGUGCAGGGUUGAGAUCCGGGUGGUAGCCGGCUAGUAACAGUGACUAAAGUUCAGGGCAGGUUACUGGGCGGAGGCCGGUUAGUGGUCACAAUAAGUGUAUGUAUACGUGUCUGUGUGUGGGUACCUGUUUGUGUGUGUGCAUGUGUGCCCGCGUGCAUGUGUGCCUGUGUGUGCGCAUGCGCAUGUGUUUGUGUACACGUUUGCGUGUGUGAUUGUAUCCAUACUGACUAGUUGUGGCCGUGCUGUCCCCAGGCUGCCCUGAGUCUCUACACUGAUUGAUCAUCCCAGACCUGACCUCCAGCUCUCUGCUCUCUCUAUGCCUCUCCAUCACACGGCUAAAUAUAGUCCCCAUACACUCCCCACAAACAACAACGAAUGCCACUACAUUAGGACUUACACACUGGAGUGGAUCAAAUACACCCCUACAAUAGAUCUGUUUGGCAGCACUGUGUAACAGUGAUACAUUGUGAUACACUGAAUGCAGCUCUAUCCCAGUGCAGUACAAUAUAAAUACCUUAUCAGAAGAAUUGGAAAAGAUCUGCUUGGCAGCACUGUGUAACAGUGAUACACUGAACGCAGCUCUAGGUCAUCCCAGUACAGUAUAGUAAAUCAUUAGAAGAAAAAGCAUUUUGGAACAGCUCUAACGCAGUACAGUACAAUUAAUCCCUUAUCAGAAGAAUUUGUUUCAUUGCUGAUGUUUACGGCGUUCAGAAAGACUAAAAGGGGAGAUUAGAUUAUUUCCCAACAAAUAAAUCUUGGCAUGAUGAAAGAACAUUGAAACAACGUCUGGCACCAGACAAACUGCGUAUGUUCACUGAGUGAAAGAAACAUUGUUACAUUUCCUUAAAUAAGAAUACCUUACCAUUCUAAGGAGUGGGCCGGUGUAGCUGGUGGUGGCAGGGUGGGUUUGUGACUUGGUUCAAUUGGAAAGGUGUAGAGCUGUGUGAUAUGAAAAAAAUCCAUAUAGCAAAAAAUUGCCUGAAUUGAUGUGAUAAUGAUAAAUAGAACAAUACAUUUAUAACUUUAAUGUACAACAGUUUUUAUUUUUUAUUUUAUUAUACUUUAAACUACUACUACUAGUUUGAUGGUUGUAGUCAUCAAUUGUCCCAUAACAAACGUAUUUCAUUUCAAACUUCACAUUUCUCCAGUAUAGGCUACGUAAUGAACAAUAUCAGCAAAAUUCCUGCGAUAAGUGAUCGGUAUGGUCAGUGUCGAUAACAUUCGGUUUAUAGUCCCAGCUCUAGAAAGGUGUCAACACAAUCCGUAUCCCUCCGCCCAAAUGAGCUAGGGCAGUUCCCGGGGAAUCCAGGACACAGAGUGACCCCAGAGCCCACUGCAGGGCACAAUAUUACAUUUAAAGGGCUAGUGAGUGGGGACCAUUGACUUCUUUAUUAGGAAUAUGAAGAAAGUCAAUGUUUCUGACUCCUUCCAACUUUACUUUUUUCAAAUGCUUUGAGCAUUUGAUUGAGCCUGUCUGGAGUGUGGGUUUGCACUUUUUGGACGAUAUUCAUUCCAUUACUCGAGGGCAAACUCAGGUGCAGCUAUGGUUUUUGAAAGAAUCCAGGUUUGGUACGUUCAGCAUUCCACUUUUUGUGCUUCAAUGCCAAAAGAGAGAGGAUGGGGGCUUUGAAAGAAUAAUCAAAUUAGACUUUAUAGAAUUCGUAAAUAAAGGUAUUGGAGGGAAGCUAAAUAAGAAAGAGAAAGUUUAUUGUUUUCAUUGUUUGUCUCUGUUGUGUUGUGGUUUCUUCUUUCAGAGCGAGCGACAAGAAGCGUAACCUGGCCCAGCAGAAGGCGGAGGCCCAGAGACGGCUCUACGGCCAGGGCUCCAUGAAGAAGCUCUCGGCCGCCUCCUCCGAGGCAGAAAAACAGCGCCACACGCUGGAGCGGAGGAAAGAAGAACUGGUGCGUAAAAAAACAACUUUUUAAAAUGAUUUCAGUAUUAGGAAUUCCCUCUGCUUUAGUAUUUUGAAUGCACAAUAAUAUAUAAUAAUAUAAUAUAUGCCAUUUAGCAGAUUAUGCACAUUGUUAUUGAACAGAUAUGGAGAGAUCGACAGAAAGAUGGAUGAGAUGUGUUAAAGGACAGUAGUCCUAAAUAAAACGUAUGUCGACAUAGCCUUAACUAUGCCGGUGGCAGUGACUCGAACAAGAAACAAAAACUUUUGACAGAAUGAGAGAAACUACUGCUCUUUUCUUCCCCUUGUAAAAGUUUCAGUCGACAGCGUAACAUUUCAUUAUACACGCUUUAGAAGUAGGCUGGUUGAGGUUGUCGCGUUCUCCAGAGCUAAGUGCCAGGUUUAAGUAGCUAGUGGGUUCCACCCCUUGAUUAGUCCAUUGAUCAACCUUUAGCGGUCUGAAAGGAGGGGGCAUAUGGCAACACAAGCUAUAUUUUAUUUUAAAAGGGCACGGUGAGAUCCAAGUGUGGGUGAUACAUACGUCGCUACCCAGGGGUGAGUGUACGGACAUGUACCAGAAUUUAGCCGAUCAGUGACUGUAAUUGGAGGAACCCUGACUGACUCUCUUCGCAAAAUCUACCAUCUGACCUUCUCACAAUUAUGGCUCUUUGAUGUAUAAAAAAAAUGGGAAUGUGGGAGGAAAAAUCCAUGUGAAUUUUAAAUUGGCAGGGCCGGUGUAAAACAGGUGUUGAGGAGGGAGGACGACUCCUUUCUUUUCAACACUAGGCCUUUUGUGCUUCUCCGCUCUGUGCCUCUGACUUCAUUAGUCCGAUUCUAAAUAGAGAAACGUGUCAUUCCUUCACUCGUUGUUAUUCAGAACCAAGUUACUUGUGCAUUAUUCCCUUUUUGUGUAUUCUGACCUUGAACUUACGCAUGGGGAAAAGCCAGUGCCAGCAAGGUACCAAUUGGGGUGGAGAUCAAAGAAAUUGAGGUAUGGCAGAGGUGUAUACAGAUAAGCGAUAUUCUGACCUUGACUUAAUUCCCUAAUAAUUUCAACGUCUUCACGCACGAGGAAACCAUGAAUAAGGUUGAGCACCUUUCGGUUUCAAGUGAAAAAACAUCUACUAUUUCCAUUCCGAUAGAAUUCCGAUAGAAAUAAUACCAUUCUCCAUACACUGUAAUUUAUAAAUUGAUAAGAGCUAUUGAUAAGAGCUACGUAAAUGAGUAAUCGGUUUGGAGAAGGCGAUUGUAAAUACAAAUAGCAGUUGUUUUAGAUUAUUUUUCCUUAUGAUCGCUGGAGAUGAAUGUGAAACAAGUCAUAUGGAAGCAAACUGAAAAUCAUAUCAACAUGACAUGUAUUGUGGCCCCUUUUCCACAGUGAAGUAGGCUAUAAAUAGCUGUGCCGUUAUUACACAUUUUACAGUGCCUUCAUAAAUUAUUCAUACCGCUUGACUUAUUCCACUUUUUGUUGUGUCACAUGUCAUGACGUGACUUAUAUUAAUAUGGUGACUGUUAUAUAUCGAAUCAACUAACUAUGUUUAAUUGUCACUUGAUUAAAUUAAUCAUGUAACAAUUAACUCAUUCGGAAUUUGGGGCACCACGGAAGAAGUUGUUUAACGAGUUACCAUCUCCCGAAUUAAACUCUUAGAUAUAUAUAUAUAUCGAUAACAGUCACUUAUUAAAUAAUUACCUCUUAUCAGUCUCAUUCUGAACGUCGCAUAAUCCUUGAACCUGCAAGAACCCUAACUUUAUUGAUGAAUCAGCAAUACACAAAUUGGCUUAAUUAUUUAUUUACUAACUAACUAAAUAAUAACACAAUACAAACACACACACACACACACACACACACAGGUUAUUUUUUACUAACGUAAUACAAUGAAAACAGGUCCCUAAUGGACUGGACUAACAAUAGCAUGAAUGCUUGGAAGGGAGAGACAGAGAUUCAAACUAUCGUUGAUACUUUGGAAACUACGCUCACGGAAAUACAAAUGUUUAGCACCCGCUCAUUCGGAUUAGAAAUGCAACAUGUAUUUACGUGUAGCUGUCCUCGAUAGUUGAUGAUGUAGGACUCUGGUUUGCCCACCAGAGAUCCCAAUGUCCUUGGUAGAGUUUCUGGACAUAGUGGUGGUUAGAAUGGAUACUUCAGCAUACCCUGUAGUUCGUAGUUGAUCUGUUAUAUUAGAUACUUCAGAUGCACAAACGGUUGUCUGAGAGGGAUUGUCCCUCCCAACUCGUGUCUUUAGUGAAAGUUCUCUAGACGACUAUACAUGCCAGCUGUGGACUGAGAUGAUAAGGUCUAGUGCGUUGUCUUCUUCUUCACCUCGUGUAGAGGUUGAGAGUUUCAGAGUUUCACCAUUUUGCCAUAUUCAGCUCGCGCUGCAUGUCGGCUGGUCUGUAGAGUUUAACCAUUUUGUAAUGUUUAGCUCACGCUUCACGUCUGCUGGUCUGUAGCGUGUCAACCAUUUUAAGCCGUGGGGCUUCCUGGUCUAACCAUUUUAAGCCGUGUAGCUUCAGCUUCACACUUCCUGGUCUGGUAGAAAUGUGCAACAUUUGCAACAUCCGGCUUAUACCGUAAUCUGCUUGGUCUGAGGUGAAUUUCGUUAUGAGGGGUUUUAUACUUGAGUAGAAAAGGGGGCGUUUCAUCAUGUUUGUGCUCAUCUGGGCGUGGCCACUGACUGAGAACAAAUCAAUAGGGAAUACAAUCAUCUCAUCUAGAAUGCUAACAUCACAUUAUUAUCUUCACAAAAGUAUUAUUAUACUUAAUCAUUCGUUUUAUACAACAAUUAGAUGCAAACCUCAUAACCAGUCAUAAAACUGUCCCCCAGGAAAGGGGGUGUUCAAACCUUUGCCGAGCCGGCAUCUUUGAUCCUCAACCCAUGAGGGCAAGUCAUGACACACAAUAUCCCAUAAUGGCAAAGUUAAUACAUGUUUUUAGAAUUUUUUUGCAAAUGUAUUGAAAAUGAAAUCCAGAAAUAUCUCAUUUACAUAAGUAUUCACAUCCCUGAGUCAAUACAUGUUAUAAUCACCUUUGACAGCGAUUACAGCUGUGAGUCUUUCUGGGUAAGUCUCUAAGAGCGUUACACACCUGGAUUGUACAAUGUUUGCCCAUUUAUUAUUUUCAAAAUUCUUCAAGCUCUGUCAAAUUGGUUGUUGAUCAUUGCUAGACAGCCAUUUUCAAGUCUUGCCCUAGAUUUUCAACAGAUUUAAGUCAAAACUGUAACUCGGCCAUUCAGGAACAUUCACUGUCUUCUUGGUAAGCAACUCCAGUGUAGAUUUGGCCUUGUGCUUUAGGUUAUUGUCCUGCUGAAAUGUGAAUUAAUCUCCCAGUAUCUGGUGGAAAGCAGACUGAACCAGGUUUUCCUCUAGGGUUUUGCCUGUGCUUAGCUCCAUUCCGUUUAUUUUUUUCCAGAAAAACAGUCCUUAACGAUUAGAAACAUACCCAUAACAUGAUGCAGCCACCAAUAUGCUUGAAAAUAUGGAGAGUGGUACUCAGUAAUGUGUUGUAUUGGAUUUGUCCCAAACACAGCACUUUGUAUUCAGGACAAAAUGUGAAUUGCUUUGCCACAUUCAUUUUUUGCAUUACUUUAGUGCCUUACAUUACUUUAGUGCCUUGUUGCAAACAGGAUACAUGUUUUAGAAUAUUUGUAUUCUGAACAGGCCUCCUUCUUUACACUCUGUCAAUUAGGUUAGUAUUGUGGAGUAACUACAAUGUUGUUGAUCCAUCCUCGGUCUUCUCCUAUCACAGCCAUUAAACUCUGUAACUGUUUUAAAGUAACCACUGGUGAAAUCCCUGAGCGUUUUCCUUCCUCUCGGGCAACUGAGGAAGGACGCCUGUAUCUUUGUAGUGACUGGGUGGAGUGAUACAAAGUGUGAUUAAUAACUUCACCCUGCUCAAAGGGAUAUUCAAGGUCUGCUAAAUUUUUUUUACCCAUCUACCAAUAGGUGCCCUUCUUUGGGAGGCAUUGGAAAACCUCCCUGGUCUUGAAUCUGUGUUUGAAAUUCACUGCUCGACAGGGACCUUACAGAUAACUGUAUGUGUGGGGUACAGAGAUGAGGUAGUCAUUAAAAAAUCAUGUUAAACACUAUUAUUGCACACAGAGUGAGUCCAUGCAACUGAUUAUGUGUGUCCUGAGUGGCGCAGUGGUCUAAGGCACUGCAUCGCAGUGCUAGCUGUGCCACUAGAGAUCCUGGUUCGAAUCCAGGCUCUGUCGUAGCCAGCCGCGACCGGGAGACCCAUGGGGCGGCACACAAUUGGCCCAGCGUCGUCCAGGGUAGGGGAGGGAAUGGCCGGCAGGGAUGUAGCUCAGUUGGUAGAGCAUGGCAUUUGCAACGCCAGGGUUGUGGGUUCGAUUCCAGUAUAAAAAUAAAUAAAAAUGUAUGCACUCACUAACUGUAAGUCGCUCUGGAUAAGAGCGUCUGCUAAAUGACUAAAAUGUAAAUGUAAAAUGUAAUUAUGUGACUUGUUAAGCACAUUUUUACUCCUGAACUUAUUUAUGCUUGCCAAAACAAAGGGGUUGAAUACUUUUGACUCAAAACAAUUUCGAAAAACAUAGUUCCACUUUGACAUUAUGGGGUAUUGUGUGUAGGCCAGUGACAAAUAAAAAUCUAAGUGUAAUCAAUUUUAAAUUAAGGCUGUAACACAACAAAAUGUGGAAGAAGUCAAGGGGUGUGAAUACUUUCUCAAGGCACUGUAAUUGUAUGUCCUAAUAAUUUUCGGGGAUGAAAUUUGGAGACCCAAGCUAUAGGCUUCUGUAGCGCCGAACCAACCGAGUUGAUUUAUGCGCUCUAGAAUGUUUUAAUUGCUUGCCUGGGGUUAAAAAAUAUAUAUAAACAAUUUGUAUCAUGUUAAAUAUUAGCCACUAUCAGGAGCCACCGUCAGUAAUACCCACAUACAUUUAUAACUGUCACUUUAGUGUUAGUUUCCUUCAAUUUGUAGCCUACAUUUUGCAACAUUCCAUUCUGUUAACCUUUCUUUCCUCUGUCACGUCCGUGUAGUUGCUUCCUGAGGGUCACUAGCAAUAUUGGAUCAUAUUAGGCUAACGUUGUGUAUUAAUUUGGAACAUGUAGCCUAUUUGAAUCAUUAUGGAACUCACGCCACAGGUAGCAGUUCAAACCUGGAGCCUGGUGCACGGUUCACGACGACUGGACCGUUGUUAUUACAGUUCCAUGAUUAGUGAGGAAUGGGGUAGAUUUAUAGGACAAUUAUUAUUAUAAUAUUACCCUAUUGUACACUUUUCUCACCUUCCAGUAUUUCAUGGUUUGAACUUGAAUAUGGCAACUUUCAUGAUGAAUCAAAGCACUGUAUUUGUGAUUCAUCAAUAUAUUUUAUAUCAGAGUAUUUUCCAUCUACCAAUUGGUGCUGAAACAGAGAUGAAUAUGCAUAUAUUUAGAUGUCUUUCUUUCAUUGAUCCCUAAUAUUUUGAACCCGUACUCUCCAUAUAUUCUAAUGAGUUUGUUGACAAAAUUCAAAUGAAAGGUACACUAAAGGUGCCCUAAAGCAAAAACCUGAUGAAAAAUGAAUUCAUAUGAAUGCUAUAAGUACAGAAAUUGUUCGCUCAGUGGGAAAUUAAUAUCUAACUAGUUAGUGACAACUGUGUGGAGUUUGUGACAGCAACUGUGAGCUUAUUACAGUAUUAUAGGUGCUAUGUCCUGGGAUUUCCUAUGAUCGUCUAUGUAGAAGAACCCCUUAUCUUCUAAUGACUCUUGUGUAGCCUGUGAGCAGCAUAGAGCUAAACAUGUUACACGUGCGUGUUCAUGUUCGUCUCAGCUUUUCAUAUAUAUAUAUAUUUUAAUAGUCUGUAGUCAAACCAUUCUGACUCUACAGACGUUCUUUCAAAAAAGACCCGGCCCUGGGCCACUUCGGGAUCCGCCAUUGUCUCACAAACACAGCUCUAGCUCAUCCCCCGUUAAUCACACAGACUAAUGGUUGGUACCAAUGAUUGCAGAAUAAAUAGACAAAUCCAAUGGUACCUUGCAGUCUGUAGCUCAAACACACAAUGUUUAAAAGGGGAUAGAAGUCCAAAAUUAUGCCAGCACAAUGGUGGGACUCAUUGGGUUAAAGGUGGCUUAAAGUCGAUUUUGCACCAUUUUAAAUCUUAUUCAAAUCUGUUCAUAUACACCCUCGGGAAGAAUAUGUUGAUUUUUUGGGGGGUUUGUUUGUUGUGAUAAGCGAGCACAUAGAUGUGCAAAUGUUCAUGUUUUCAUACAGUGAGGGAAAAAAGUAUUUGAUCCCCUGCUGAUUUUGUACGUUUGCCCACUGACAAAGAAAUUAUCAGUCUAUCAUUUGAAUGGUAUGUUUAUUUGAACAGUGAGAGACAGAAUAACAACAAGAAAAUCCAGAAAAAUGCAUGUCAAAAAUGUUAUAAAUUGAUUUGCAUUUUAAUGAGGGAAAUAAGUAUUUGACCCCUCUGCAAAACAUGACUUAGUACUUGGUGGCAAAACCCUUGUUGGCAAUCACAGAGGUCAGAUGUUUCUUGUAGUUGGCCACCAGGUUUGCACACAUCUCAGGAGGGAUUUUGUCCCACUCCUCUUUGCAGAUCUUCUCCAAGUCAUUAAGGUUUCGAGGCUGAUGUUUGUCAACUCAAACCUUCAGCUCCCUCCACAUAUUUUCUAUGGCAUUAAGGUCUGGAGACUGGCUAGGCCACUCCAGGACCUUAAUGUGCUUCUUCUUGAGCCACUCCUUUGUUGCCUUGGCCGUGUGUUUUGGGUCAUUGUCAUGCUGGAAUACCCAUCCACGACCCAUUUUCAAUGCCCUGGCUGAGGGAAGGAGGUUCUCACCCAAGAUUUGACGGUACAUGGCCACGUCCAUCGUCCCUUUGAUGCGGUGAAGUUGUCCUGUCCCCUUAGCAGAAAAACACCCCCAAAGCAUAAUGUUUCCACCUCCAUAUUUGACGGUGGGGAUGGUGUUCUUGGGGUCAUAGGCAGCAUUCCUCCUCCUCCAAACACGGCGAGUUGAGUUGAUGCCAAAGAGCUCCAUUUUGGUCUCAUCUGACCACAACACUUUCACCCAGUUCUCCUCUGAAUCAUUCAGAUGUUCAUUGGCAAACUUCAGACGGCCCUGUAUAUGUGCUUUCUUGAGCAGGGGGACCUUGCGGGCGCUGCAGGAUUUCAGUCCUUCACGGCGUAGUGUGUUACCAAUUUUUUUUCUUGGUGACUAUGGUCCCAGCUGCCUUGAGAUCAUUGACAAGAUCCUCCCGUGUAGUUCUGGGCUGAUUCCUCACCGUUCUCAUGAUCAUUGCAACUCCACGAGGUGAGAUCUUGCAUGGAGCCCCAGGCCGAGGGAGAUUGACAGUUAUUUUGUGUUUCUUCCAUUUGCGAAUAAUCGCACCAACUGUUGUCACCUUCUCACCAAGCUGCUUGGGGAUGGUCUUGUAGCCCAUUCCAGCCUUGUGUAGGUCUACAAUCUUGUCCCUGACAUCCUUGGAGAGCUCUUUGGUCUUGGCCAUGGUGGAGAGUUUGGAAUCUGAUUGAUUGAUUGCUUCUGUGGACAGGUGUCUUUUAUACAGGUAACAAGAUGAGAUUAGGAGCACUCCCUUUAAGAGUGUCCUCCUAAUCUCAGCUCGUUACCUGUAUAAAAGACACCUGGGAGCCAGAAAUCUUUCUGAUUGAGAGGGGGUCAAAUACUUAUUUCCCUCAUUAAAAUGCAAAUCAAUUUAUAACAUUUUUGACAUGCGUUUUUCUUAAUUUUUUUGUUGUAAUUCUGUCUCUCACUGUUCAAAUAAACCUACCAUUAAAAUUAUAGACUUAUCAUUUCUUUGUCAGUGGGCAAACGUACAAAAUCAGCAGGAGAUCAAAUACUUUUUUCCCUCACUGUACGUUCAUAGAGUCAGGUAUUUAUUUAUAGUAAUAUGAAUGGGAAAGACGUGCAUUUGAGCAAUUAAUAGACACUGCAGUAAAUUAAAACAAUACAAACUCAGUCUUGUCCAGAUACACAGACUGCUGUGCCAUAACCAAUCACAGCUAGAGUAGGCCUAUUAUACAAAUAGGCCAUAGCAUAUGAGCAUGUGCCAUUCACUUUGAUGUUGCACUGCACUGGACUGUGUUUACAGGUAGCAGAACAGCGCGACUUUGUUUGGAUCAUUGUUUAGAAAGCAGUAGCAAAAGUCACAAAAUAAACCUGAAUAGUUUUUUGCAAAUAUAUAAAUGACAGGAGUCUUACUUUUGGGAACUUUACAGUCCUAUUGCUCAAACAACGAACAGAUAGACUAUUUCUCCCUCAGCCUUAGCCCAUUCAUAGACACUAACUACCUUUAGUGUCUAUUCAUGGAGGUAUCUUCUGGCCGGGGGAGUUUUGUUAAGAGCCCCGACGCGCGUUCUGAACGUUAACACGCAUUGCUUGCGGUACGGUUUUGGUGCAUAAGGACCUUAUCUUUCAUAUCAGCGAGAAAUAAUAAUAUUAAAAUAAAAGGUUAAAUUACAUCACACUUUUAUAGGAUUAGGGUUAUUGUAUUUUUUAUUUGAAUGAUUAUUUCUUGCUGAUAUAAAAGAUAAGUUCCAUAUGUUUCAAAAACCGUAUAACAGGCGAUGAUUAUUCAGGUUUCUAAAUGUCAAAACAGAGCGUCCGGAUUGUAGUUCCCCUGGUCCCACCGGUAAGCGGUGCUUAUAGCUGAGAACCCUUUGGAUAAGGCAGAAUGCCUUGUUAAUGCCUUGGGUUCUCGAUAACUACCUCAGCCUGUGCAGAACAACAACAACAACGAUGUUAGCCUGAGCCAGAUGAGCUAAAAUCUAGCACAGGGGACAGUAUAUAAACCCUCUCAUACUUUUUCAGUAUUUAGUUGACAGUCAAAAUUGCACUGUGAAUACAAUGGGGGGGAAGUCUACCACUCACCCACUUGUCCAGGUGAUAACAUGACAUUCUUCCAGCUGCUAGCUAGCUAGCUAGCUACAGUACUGGUCUCUGUAAUUUAAGGUUCUAGAUAGCUAAAUGACUUAGCUAUCAAUUCAUAUAGCUAAAUAGGCCUACAUACAGUGAGGGAAAUAAGUAUUUGACCCCCUCUCAAUCAGAAAGAUUUCUGGCUCCCAGGUGUCUUUUAUACAGGUAACGAGCUGAGAUUAGGAGGACACUCUUAAAGGGAGUGCUCCUAAUCUCAGCUUGUUACCUGUAUAAAAGACACCUGUCCACAGAAGCAAUCAAUCAAUCAGAUUCCAAACUCUCCACCAUGGCCAAGACCAAAGAGCUCUCCAAGGAUGUCAGGGACAAGAUUGUAGACCUACACAAGGCUGGAAUGGGCUACAAGACCAUCGGCAAGCAGCUUGGUAAGAAGGUGACAACAGUUGGUGCGAUUAUUCGCAAAUGGAAGAAACACAAAAUAACUGUCAAUCUCCCUCGGCCUGGGGCUCCAUGCAAGAUCUCACCUCGUGGAGUUGCAAUGAUCAUGAGAACGGUGAGGAAUCAGCCCAGAACUACACGGGAGGAUCUUGUCAAUGAUCACAAGGCAGCUGGGACCAUAGUCACCAAGAAAACAAUUGGUAACACACUACGCCAUGAAGGACUGAAAUCCUGCAGCGCCCGCAAGGUCCCCCUGCUCAAGAAAGCACAUAUACAGGGCCGUCUGAAGUUUGCCAAUGAACAUCUGAAUGAUUCAGAGGAGAACUGGGUGAAAGUGUUGUCAGAUGAGACCAAAAUCGAGCUCUUUGGCAUCAACUCAACUCGCCGUGUUUGGAGGAGGAGGAAUGCUGCCUAUGACCCCAAGAACACCAUCCCCACCGUCAAACAUGGAGGUGGAAACAUUAUGCUUUGGGGGUGUUUUUCUGAUAAGGGGACAGGACAACUUCACCGCAUCAAAGGGACGAUGGACGGGGCCAUGUACCGUCAAAUCUUGGGUGAGAACCUCCUUCCCUCAGCCAGGGCAUUGAAAAUGGGUCGUGGAUGGGUAUUCCAGCAUGACAAUUAUCCAAAACACACGGCCAAGGCAACAAAGGAGUGGCUCAAGAAGAAGCACAUUAAGGUCCUGGAGUGGCCUAGCCAGUCUCCAGACCUUAAUGCCAUAGAAAAUCUGUGGAGGGAGCUGAAGGUUUGAGUUGACAAACAUCAGCCUCGAAACCUUAAUGACUUGGAGAAGAUCUGCAAAGAGGAGUGGGACAAAAUCCCUCCUGAGAUGUGUGCAAACCUGGUGGCCAACUACAAGAAACAUCUGACCUCUGUGAUUGCCAACAAGGGUUUUGCCACCAAGUACUAAGUCAUGUUUUGCAGAGGGGUCAAAUACUUAUUUCCCUCAUUAAAAUGCAAAUCAAUUCAUAACAUUUUUUACAUGCAUUUUUCUGGAUGUUUUUGUUGUUAUUCUGUCUCUCACUGUUCAAAUAAACCUACCAUUAAAAUUAUAGACUGAUCAUGUCUUUGUCAGUGGGCAAACUUACAAAAUCAGCAGGGGAUCAAAUACUUUUUUCCCUCACUGUAAAUAGAUAAACUAUAGCCUUAGCCACGUACUGCAUAGCUAGAUUGAUUGUGUUGAGAUUCCCAAUCACCGCCCUUUUCGUCCUUUUUCCCCCCAAAAUAUUGGUUGAGUGAAUCUGAAACAGUUCAUCCCCUGAAUUGCUGGAGGCAACAAACAAUGUACUAACUGUGAUUUACAACCUGAUAGCAAUAUUUAUUAGACUACCUAGUGAUUUAUUGGUGAAUUUUAUUAAUCAUGCAUUGACUGCAUCCUUUUAAUUCUGCAAACAAUGCCUUACUCUACGUAAUGGAAUCUUGAGUCUAAUAUACCCUAUUAAAACAAAAAUAAAUCUUAUAAAGUUGGGUUUCAAACAUAAAAUGCUAAUAUUUUAAUAUCUGUUUGUUUCAUUUCUGCAAAGUAGUAAAAACAGUGUCAGUUCCACUUUAAGAUACAUUUACUGACAACCCGAUUGAAUGAAAAAUCAACAAGAAAAUCUGUUGGCCAGCAAUUGGGAGGGUUUUCAGCAGUUGAAUUCAACGUUUUCAUAUAAUACAAGAUAGCCACAUCUGUAGAGCGUGUUACUCGCCUGCAUAAGGUAAGUCUGAAUACCAACUACUGAGAACUGCGUCGGAAAGGCGUGCGUAGGAAAGGCAUAUAUUUCCUAAGUCUGAAUCGGCCCAUGGUGAAUUUGGGCUGUUCAUUUAUGUAUUUUUUACCCAAUGUUUUUUUUGUUACCUGUUGUGGUUUAUUUCUGCAGAAAGAGCAACUGACUCAGGUCCGCAAGCAGAUCUCCCGGGAGGAGCAUGAAAAGAGACAUCUGGGGAACUACAGGUAAGGGGGGAAGAGGCACCGAGCGAGGAAGGCUCCUCUUACAUUUACGGGGUCACAUGCGGAGCACCGGGAUCUCAGGAGGAUAAAUAACAUUGAGAGAGAAAAUAAAUAGAACGUUUGAGUGGGGAGAAAGUGAGAAAGAGAGAGAGUGAGGGGGUGCGGAGGCUUGAGUUGUGACUCUUGUGCGUGAGUGGUACCAAGGAGUUAUUGAGAGAAAGAAAGAGAGAGAGUGAGUUGGGGAGGUUCGAGUCGUGAAUCCCGUGCGUUCACAAAGGCGGCGGCACAGCCACGUAAUGCGAAAAGAAUAGGCAAAUGAGUAAGCGUCUGAUCUCUCUCUCCUCCUCCUCCUCUUCCUCCUCUCUCUGAUAAAGACUUCAGAAGACGUACGUAGGCCCGUCAAUUCUUUAUAGUAACGUUGACGUGUCUGAGUCAGAACUUGUUUUUCGUUCAUUGUUAAUACUCUCUUUAUCCCUCUCCUUUCUCUUUCUGUCUCUCUUUCUCUCUCUCUCCCACCACAUCUCGCUCUCUCUCCUUUUUGCAUAAGUGACCUCUUCCCUGAACACUCAAUGAGCGGAUAGUCUAAUGGCGACAAGCGUCUGUGAAUUAUUGUCGGUAGCUAACCCUGCCAGACACACCAGUCUGGAACCCGAGCUAAUAGAGCCUGACUGUGUCCCAAGUGGCACCCUAUUCCCUUUAUAGUGCACCACUUUUGACAAGGGCCCAUAGGGCCAUAGCGCACUAUAUAGGGAAUACAGUGCCAUUUGGGAAGCAGCCCCUGUGAUUCAUACACGGCAUCGGGAUCUGAUUUAGGCUUGCUCGUUAGCGGAGUCUCUUAACGAACUUAGCCCGUCAUUAGAUGAAAUGCGCUUCAGGUACGGAAGUCAGACGAGAGACCGGCUUAAAAGGGAGCUCAGGUCCAGUGCCUGUCACUGCGUCUCGUUUAUCAAACUUCUCAGAAAUGUGUGUGUGUGCAUGCCUGUGUGCGUGCAUGUCUGUGCGUGUUUAUGUGUGAAUGUGUCUGUGUAUUAAACAGCGUAGGGGAUUUAAUAAAAGGCUUGGGAGGGACGAGUCAAGACGUAAUACGAAACUCAUUGAAAUAGGUCAAGUUUUUAGCUGAUGUAAUUGCGACUUCUUACACGAUCCCCAACUAAUCAAAUCAAGGGCCAAAAUAUGCAGAAACAUUCUGAACAUGAACAACUCCUUCAGAAGAAAUGUUGUUCAAAUCGCAGAUUAAGCUGCCAUAUGUUUAAAAGCGGGGGCCAAGAUAUGAGCGACGGUGAACACACAGGCUGCGUCCCAAAUGAUACCCUAUUCCCUAUAUAGUGUACUACUUUUGACUAGAGCCCUAUAGGGCCAUCGCUAAACUUUGCCUCUCGAGUUGAGCCAUCACUCACAUGUGUAGCUCUUAAAGGAUUGACAGCUUUAUCCCCCCACGAUCUCAACAUUUACAUUGGUUUUCCCCUUGAUUAUGGUGGUGAGGGGGCCUAUCCAACCCCAAAGCGGGCUGUUUGCACUUCCAAAUGACUGGCUAUACAGAUGUUUGAUCACCCUGUUGCAGGAUAACUUUCCUGCAAUGCAGGUAAUGCCAAACUUCUUUGAGGUUUAAAAAGGCUUCUGAAGUUUGUAAUUUCCACUUUGAAAUGUCAGACUUGAUUUCCCCUUGCGAAAAAUGCAUAAAUCCUAACAAAACGUCCCAUUAAUUAUAAAGUCACAUUUCCUAUUGCUGUAGGAUUAUUAUCCCUGCUGCAGCAAACUGGCUAAAAUGUCAAAUCCUACAUCUGUACAUACAUUUAAGCCAUUCUCCACCAUCAAUUCAACUAUCCAUCUAUUAGCACUGAGCCCACUGGACAAAAACUGGUUGAAUCAACGUUGUUUCCACAUCAUUUCAACCCAAAAAGUAAAUGUGAUGACGUUGAAUCAACAUGGAAAACUGAUUGGAUUUGAAAAAAGUGAUCAACGUAUGAGAAUUUAGUCUUCUUUUCACCCAACCUUUAACUUAAAUUCAAUAUGUCAUUCGAUUUAAGUGACAUUUUUUGUUGAUUUUACGUUGAAUUCACAUUAGUUGACAACUCAACCAAAUGUAAAUCAAUUAUAUACGUUGAACUGACGUCUGUGCCCAGUGGGAGGGAACUUAAACGUUCAUAAAAAAAACACGUAAAUAGAAAAAGGUACUGGUUGACUUUCCUCGCCGGUUACUGUUUAUUUAAAUUAAUGUUCCGUCAUUGUUUUCGUUCCCUCUCUCUGCUCCCACAGACGUAUUUACCCCCCAGAUGACAAGCUGCUCCUGGAGAAGUAUGAAAGCCUCCUCUCGGCUGCCUUUCAGACCUUCCUCGCCGGCCGAGCGGCCUCACUUCAAAAGGAAAUGAAUAAUCCUCUGAAACGAAUGAAGGCAUGUACCUGAGACUCAACAGCACACACACACACACACACACACACACACACACUCUUUCCUCUCUUUACCGCUCUCUCUUUUUCACUCUCCCUCUCUUGCGCUCUCUCCCUCUUUCUCUCUUUCUCUCUCUCUCUCUGUCUUUCUCUCUCUCUCUUUCUCUCUCUCUCUCUCUCUCUCUCUCUAUCUCGCUCCUAUCCUCUAUAUAGAUUCUCUCCUCUGCAAGAAAAAUAAGAGAGAAAAAUACAUACAAAGAGAGAGAGAGAGUGUGUGUGUGUGUUUUCGUGUGUUUGCGUGCGUGUGUGUUGCCCUCUCCUCGAGCCGUGUUUGUCACCUUGUCCUUGAAAAGCAUCCAUUGAGCGCUGAACAUUACAUUUGUUAAAAGCAGGACGAACCCGUACAACCUCCAUCUUUGUUUCCAGUUGCUUUGUCUGGCUCUGGCCUUUCCCCUUCUCCUCAGUCUAGGCGUUCACUGUUAUUCCUUAGCUCUUCUCUGUGAAUUGUCACAGUGUUAAUUUGAAGAGGUUUUCUCAAGGAUCUCAAUGUAUUUGAAGGUGCUUGCGAUGGUAAAAAAUGUUAUGGAAUGCAGUGGAAGCAGCUGUGUUGCUGUGGUUUGUGGUGCGAGGGUACGUUCAUAGGGAAAAGCAUUGUUAAUAGGGAAAUCGCAGGGAUGCUCUGGCAUUGGGGGAGAGACGGCCUGCAUUCCAAAUGGCACCCUAUUGCCAAUAGUACACUACGUUUGACAAGGGCCCAUAGAGCUCUGGUCAAAAGUAGUGCUUUAUGCAGGGAAUAGGGUGCCAUUUGGGAUGCACACUGCCUUUCUGAGGAGUUUUAUUCAUGAUGAAUUUCAGAUGGAGUGGUGGUGUUUGGUUUCUAUAGAAAGGGAUAAAGAAAGAGAGAAAGGGAGAGAGAGCGAGGGGAAAGACGUGGAGUAUGAGACAGACGAGAGAAAGAGGUAAGGUAUGUUUGGUAACUUGGGGGGUUUGGACUGUGAGGAAGAGAGGGAUUUAGCAAAAGAGGAGAAAGUGUGUUUGAGAGUAGGAGAAGGGAGGGUGAGACAGAUAGACAAACAGAGAGUUAGCAAUAGCCUAGAAUGGACCGAGCGAGAGAGAUGGAAGGAGAGAGAAAGAGAAAGGGAGGGAGGGAAGGAGGAAGAGAGCACGGCAGAGGGAUUUGGAGGGAUCUGCCAUAUGUACAUGUGGCUUUGAGUCUAUAUGAGCUAACCUCCUGCAGAGAGAGAGGCUGGCUGCGCUGGUUGGUUGGUUCAUGAUCAGGGACUUAACCAAAUGCCAACACAGCUUUGGCCUUAUGACCCUGGCACACAAAUACAUGCGUGUACACACACACACACACCCACACACAAGCAGACACACAUACUUUUGUCCCCCCAUUUGACAUUUGAGCAGCCUAAAGCUACUUGAUUGCUAAUCUGAGAGACCACAGUCACAUUUAAUCUGUAUUUGAGAGACAAUGGGAGGGUGCCAUGCGUGACAACAAAGCAACAUUAAUCACCCUCUCUCCAAUUCAGCCGCGGCCAAAAAGGAAAAGGGGCCCAGCGUAUUGGCCACGGGUACGAUAACGUUUCCAGAUUGAUCAUGGGUGCGUUCCAGAUGGCACCCUAUUCCCUACAUAGUGCACUAUUUUAGGGUAUAGGGUGCCAUUUGGGAUGCAGCCCCAUACAUAAAUAAAGAGUCAACCCAAAGAGCAACACAUGUUCUGCCAGGUCUUUCAUGGUCUAGCUAUGCUAUGGUACUGACGCACUAUGGAAGUGGAACACCUGAGUUUUCAUGUCUGCUUGCAGGUCGGGAGUAGCAACAGAAUCUUACAACCCUUAUUAGUGGUGGUUGAUUGAUUGAUUGAUUGAUUGAUUGAUUGAUUGAAUGUGUAAUUGAUUGAAUUCAUAAUUUGGCAUUUGGUUUACGAUACCGUGUUUUACAGUACCAUACUGUACUGCACUCUUCCUCUUUCUCACAAAGGCUGGUAUUCUGACUUGAGAUCUGCAUGCAUACUCAAACUUCUGGUUAAGUCUCCCAUUCACAUUAAUGGAUGAUUUACAUCUCCAUUGAGUCCUUUUAUUAAUGGAUUCAUGAGGUUUAUCAAAUACUAACCUACUGUAUUCUGUGUGUUUGCAGGAGGAGGACAUCUUGGACCUGCUGGAGCAGUGUGAGCUGGACGACGAGAAGCUUCUGGGGAAAUCCUCACGGCAGAGAGGACCCAAGGUGAGAUAGAGAGGGAGGGAAGGAGGCAGGGAGGGAGGGAGGGAUGGAGAAGAAGAAAGGGAGGAAGGUGAAGAGAGGGAGAUAUGGAGGGAGUAAGGGAUAGGUGGAGGGAGGGAGAGAGAGGGGGCAGAUGCCCUAAGGGAACACACAGAAAGAGAGAAGGAGAAAGUCUGAGAGAAAGGGAAGAAGGAAAAAAAGGGAGAGAGCGAGAGGGAGAUGUAUAGAAGGGCAUAUGCCUUAAGGCAGGCAUUCCCAACCUUUUUACCCCUGGUCCCCCUUUUUCACAUUUGAAAAAUUUCAUCCCCCCUCUUAAAAAAAAAAAAAAGAUUGUUUAUUGAGAUAGCUUAUAUUAAAUACACCACUAGCUUGAUUUUGUUUUGAGGGACCUAGGAAAAUGUUGUUUUGAAGCUUAUUUCCUGCAAUUAUACGUCCUGCAACUCAUGACAUCUUUUAGGUAGGCUAUUUAAUAAUAAUAAUUAUGAGGAAAAUAAAGUCUAGACCCGAUUUCUCCAAAUGUUAUUCUGCUACCAAAUAUGUUUUUAUAUGAUCAUUUAUAUGAAACCUCAAUUUAAUUAUACAUACUAUUUUACAGAAAGUGAAUAGGUAGAUCAAUUGAUAGCGACAGAGUCAUACAUUGUAUAAGAUUACUUCCCAAGCAAAGUCCAUUUUCUUUUACUCUUCGACUUCAGAAGGCUGUAGCUCAGCUUCUGAAUGUCAUAGAGACAAACCAAAGAUAUUCCCAUGUGCAUCAGAGUCAUGUCUUCCCAUGGCAUUUUACCUCUUGCUUCCAGCCUCGCAGAUUUUUACAUUGUUUUAGAUCGGUAUAAACAAUCACAUUGUAAUAUAUAUUUUUUUCUAUCAAGGAAGGCCCCCCCCCACAAAACGUUGGCGCCCCCUAGGUAUCCUAAGGUAUCAGAGAGAGAGAGAAAGUGAUCAAGAGAAAGCAAGUAAUGGAGAGCGAGAGUCAAAGCGAGAAAGAGAGCGAGAAACGCCCUGGUACAACCAAUCCCCUAAGGGAAGGCCUGUCAGCUCUCCCUCUCCCUCACUUCCCCUCUCCCUCUCUCUCUCUCUCAGUCCGUUACCCCACAUGCCUCAAUCCCCCCAAUCCCCCAUGACAGCACAUUACUCUCCCCAUCGCCUUUCCCCUCUCUCCCUUUCUCUCCACAACCCCACAUCUAAACCCAUCCCUCACUCCUCCGCUGAAGUAGGGGAAAUGCACGACGGGCUGCAUCCCAAAUGGCACCCUCCUCUCUACAUAGUGCACUAUUUUUUUUAACCAAAAAUACUAUAUAGGGAAAAGGGUGCCAUUUGGGACGCAGUCACCAAGUGUGCGCAGCAACUCAAUGGGACAGUUUUCUGCUGUAUUAGGGCCCUUUCCGCGAGGAUAACGACUCAUUCAGACACAAUUGCUUUUGUCGAAAUUAAUUUGUGCCUGUCACUUUGGACCAUGCCAAGUGCGGGCUGACGUGGACUGACUGGCCUGCUGGCCCUCCGCUGAGUGCUCUGAUGGAUCGACACACUCCCAGGGGCUGUAUUACGGGCCAUCUGGAAAAAGAGGGUGAGAAGGAGAGAGGGGUUGAAAUGAAGCAAUUUAAAUACUAUGGAUUCAUACUUAAGCAGCGUUGCUUUGAGUUGCCACUGAGUAGAAAGGGUUGAUAGAGGGAGAGAGAGAGAAGGUGAUAGAGAGAGAUGGUUUUCCUUUCUCCCCUUUCUCUUUUUGUCUCUCCCUUUCUCUCUUUCUUCCCCCUCUCUCUCACUCUCGCCCCUUUGUUCCCCCCUUUUUCCUCUCCUCUCCUGUCUCUCCUCUGGUGAUUGUAUAUAAGCUCAUGCCUAGGAUCACAGUCUGCACAUACGUUUUGUACGCGAGAAACGCUUGCUAAAUUAGUUGAUGAAUAACAGAUGUGAAUGCUUUAUUAAUGCUAACAAUGUGUUCCUUCCACGGUGUGAAAUAGACAUUCAAUUUAAUUAACUUUUUUUGUGUCUGGUGGUGAGGGGGGAAAUGAUAAAUUCAUUGUACAAAGGCCAAGAAGGAGGAUUUGAGUGGCCGCUUGGAUUGAAUUAAUAUGUCUCUCUCCACCGUCGCUUUAAUCACAGCUACAGAGACAACACACACACGGCUCAUUGGGUGUGUAGACAUUAAUGGGAUGUGGAUCACGCGCACAUGUGCGUGCGCAGAUGCACAUACAGAUGUAGGAUCUUAAUUUGAUCACUCUUUUGUUGCUGAGAAUUUUCCUGCACAGCAGCAAAUGCAAAAUUGUAGUGUAUUCAUGGUUUAUGAAUGAAGGCCUAUUAAGUUUAUAAUUUCCACUCUUGAUUUGCCCUAACAAAAAAUGUAUCAACCCCUACAAAAAAUGUCCAUUAAUUAUAAUCCACAUAAUAAUUCACAUUUUCUGUUGCUGCAGGAUUAUUUUCCUGCUGUAGCAAACUUGCUAAAAUUAAGGUCGUACAUCAGUACACACAGACAGACACACACCGCAUACACUCAGAUACACACAUAGUCAUACACUGACACACAUACACCGAUGCACACAUAGUUGUAGACACAUGAACACUCACACUGACACACACACGUACGGGCCCGUGGUGUCACCUCUGCUUCUCACAGUGACGGACGGUAAUUGGCUAGGGUUGAAGGGUGUGUCUGUGGGUGCUGACAUAAUCUUCCCUCUCUCUCUCUCACUCUCACUCUCUCUCUCUCUCUCUCUCUCUCUCUCUCUCUUUCUCUCUCUCUCUCUCUCUCUCUUUCUCUCUCUCUCUCUCUCUCUCUCUCUCUCUCUCUAUCUCUAUCUCUCGAUCUCUCUCUCUCUGUGUGUGCGUGUCUCUCUCUCUCUGUCUGUGUUUCUCUCUGUCUGUGGGUGUGUGUCUCUCCGUGUGUGUGUGUGUGUCAGCCCCUGUCCUCCAUGCCUGAGAGCGCCCAGACGCCGUGCGGCAGGAGACAAAGGGAGUACGGAGGCGAUGGAGGAGACGCCAGCGGCAGCAGUGUCAACAACAGCAGCUCCGAGGAGGGCCCUGAAGAGGAGGAUGACAGGGAGGAUGAGAGGGAAGGAGGGAAGACAAGGGAGAAGAAGAGUGUCUCUUACGACCUGGGAGAGAACAAGUAUAAGUCGUCGACGGAGCGCUCAGGUGAGGAGGAGAGGAGGAGAGCACCCCAUACACAUGCACCGAAACACACAAAUGCACAGGCGAACACGCAUAGAGACAGACACACACACAGAAACGCACACACACAUACACACAUUCCUUCCCCCCUUCACACACACACACCCUCGUAAAAUGGAGGAGGGGGUCUGGGAAUGUCUUUAUUAGCAAUCAGAGGCCUCUUCUAUAAUAAGGACAUUUCCAGGACAUUCUCUCCAUUUCCUCCUUUCUUGGGCUGCAUCCCAAAUGGCACCAUAUUCUUUACAUAGGGCACUACUUUUCACCAGAGCCCUAUGGGCCCUGGUCAAAAGUAGUGCACUAAGCUAUAUAGGGAAUAGGAUGCCAUUUGGGAUGCAGUCCUGGUAUAUUGGGGAGAAGGCUGUUAUAUGAGAGGGCUCUCUGGCCCUGAUGCCUUCCAGAUGACUACAAGGGUCCAAUAAUUACUAAAACAAACUUGUGUCACAUACACACGUGUGUGUGCGUACACGCAUGCAGACACACACUUAGGCUGUCCUAUACACGCAGGCAGGCAGGUUGGUAAGUAGGUAGGUGCCCACGCACGUACACGCACACAAGCACGCACCUUUUCUCUCUAAUACACGUGUGCACAUACACAUAGGCAUUAGACACACGAUUGCUCUAUAUUACACUCACACACACAUACUCUCUUUCUCUUCUCUCUCUCUCUCUCUCUCUCUCUCUCUCUCUCUCUCUCUCUCUCUCUCUCUCUCUCUCUCUCUCUCUCUCCAGCGUGCCAAGUUCCUAGAUAUAAUGCAGUGUUGGGUGUGGUGGUGUUGGUCGGCCAGGUCCGGGUCUAGCUAAAUUACUGAUGUAAAGCUGUACAAUCCAUUUGUUUACCUAAUUAAUACAUGAAACAGGCUAAAUCCAUCUUUUUUAAUUAGGGUCAUCGCCUGAUGAUGGUUCCAUGGGAAGGCUUUUUAUUCUACUAGUCGUCGUCGUGUGUGUGUGUUUGUUUUUGUGUUUGUGUGUGUGUGGUGAGUCUGGAUAUGAAACCGUAUGUGUGUGUGUUUGGAUAUGAAACCGAGUGUGUGUAUGUGUGUGUGCGUGUGUCUGGAUAUGAAACUGUGUGUGUGUGUGGCGUGUGAUAGAGAGAGAGCGAUAGAGAGGCUUGUGGCUUACCUUGAAAACUCUUUCAGCAAAUUGGCCUGAAAUGUGCUCUUCGGGAAACUAGAGGGAAAGAUUGAUAAGUUGGACAUUCCUACAGGUUUAUAAGGUAAUUUGUCUUUUCCACCAAGUUUCAAAGUCCCAGUCCCAGUCCAGGUGGAAAAAACACACACAAAUAUAUUUGUGUGUUGCAUUGUGAAAUAUUGGGUGUUUUUCUGCUCUAGCAUUAGAUUUUCCAUUAGGGCUAUAUCCCAAAUGGCACCCUAUUCCCUAUAUAGUGCACUACUUUUGACCAGAGUCCAAUGGGCCCUGGUCAACAGUAGAGCACUACAUAGGAAAUAGGUGGCCAUUUUGGAUGCAGCCUAGAUCCAGAAUGAAGGACAAAGAAGUGAUUUGGCUGGAUUUGAGGAGCUGCUCUUCGCUGGAGUGACUUUGCCUCCGCCGACCGACUCCAUAAGCGCCCAUCUGGGGGCAGCCUCAGCUAAGCCCUAUAAUGUGGCCGAUUUGGCAAGUUCCGUCCUCAAGGUUCGCCGGUGGAGCAGCAACACACACACACACACACACACACACCCUGUCUCAUGUCCAGACAGACACACAUAUACGAGCAGACGCACACAUAUGCACACAAACUUUCAUCUCCAGGCUUACACACACACACACUGGGCUGGCUGGACGUGCUGCUGGAGGUGGUUCAAGCUCCGUGGUCCUGGGGAGGUUCUGUGGCUGUGACUGGGCUGGAAGGGCCCGCUGCCCUGCUCUCUAAUCCGGCCUGAAGAGGGAAGAGAACAGCCGGGCCACAGCCACAGAAACACAUGCUGUAGUGAUUAAUGAAAGCCACAUUCAAUAGGCCACCACGUCAGGCCCCAGAAUGGGACUUUUAAUGCCACACUUCAUUUCCAACGAUGGAAUGAAAGUGGACAGUAUGAAAAGCAGAGCAUGAGAAGACAGAUGAGAGGGGGAGAAAAAGAGAGGGAGAGAGAGUUCCCCCCUCUUUGGACUAAGUUAUUUAGGUCACCACUUUAUUCCUUCAUUUCAUGUCAUCUUUUUUUCUUCUCCUUUUCUUCAUCCCUCUCUCUCUCAGGACGGGUGCACUGGAAACCUCUGAUGAAGCCAGGCAAGGCAGGCCCCUCUGCCUCCUCCUCUCCGACCCUCUCUGGGCCAAUCAGACGCUCCAUCUCCUGCCCGCGUUCUAUCUCCUCCCUGGCCGGCCAGUUACCCACCAAUGAGACGCGAGCCUCACUGGCCAGGCCCUCCGUUCCGGCGGCGACGGUCCUCGUUAGGCCAAGCUCCGCUUCUCUGCGCUCUCAUUCGCUCAGCCGCAGCGGCUCCGCCCACAGGGUGCCACACAGCAGUAGUCUAGGUACCAUCCACGCUAACAUGGUGAGUUACAAACACACACACGCACUUAUCAUUACACUUUCUACAUUCACACUACAAUCACAUUAUCUCUGUCACCCUCUCUUUCUCCCCCUCCCUUGGGAGCGUACAGUAGGCUAUCAUUACCAUACCAUAUAGUGCCUGACGAAACCUUUAAAGUUGCUAAAACUAUCUCUACAUUCUGUGGAUGGCCCUUCUUUGGAUGAGGCCCUGUGCUGUGUGGCGCUAAGCCUGUAAAGAUAGCUGUCCCCCUAACCUACUGUAGCUCUGUGGCUGGCCUCUCUUGACACACACACACAUUAUGCCCAUUCUCUCUAUAUGGCCAGGCUCAGUUGGUUCCUGGAGGCCUCAGCGAUAUGGAAUCUCUGAUGAGUGCUCUCCAAUUACCAUGGCCACACUGUCUUCUCUCUCUCGAUCUCUCUCUGUCUUUCUUUACCUCUUUCUUUUUCCCUCUCUCUCUUCUCUCUCUCUCUCUCUCUCUCUACCCCAUCUCUCUCUCUUUCUCUCGCAGCAAGCUGAAGAUCUCAGCUGAAACCCAUGAUGAAAAGCAUUUAAACCCCAUUCAUGUUCUUUUCUCUCCUUUCUUUCCUUUGUGUGUUUGACUCUUGUGUGUGUGUGUGUGUGUGUUUGACCUAUAUGUGUGUCUGUCGGGCCUGUAUUUAUUUGUUUUGUUUAUUUGUUUGGCUUAUGUGUGUGUUUUGAACAUGUGUGUGUGUUUGUAUGUGCAGGGCGAUCCCGUGCUGAUCCUGAGGAGUAAAGACCAGGAGACAGAGCUGACGAGACAGAGCCUGGCCGCUCUCAGCGCCAUGAGGAUCCGCUUCCCGGGGAAGACUGAGGAGAUGGCCGAGGCCGUUCUGGAUGAGGUGUGUGUGUGUGUGAAAGUAUAUACAGCGUAUUUCCAAAGAGAUACAAUGGCCAGAGCCAACCAUACAGUAUGGGACUAUUCCUGACCUCCCAGCCCCUCCACAAUGGCCUCCUGACUGCCUAUUGUCUUUGAAAACUCCCUCAUGGCCAAAACGUGGGCAGCAGAAAGCCUCACUGUAUUCCCCUCCGCUCCUGUGUAUUUAUCAAUGCCUCUUUCCCCCUGGACGGUUCGCCUCUCCUACAUUGGUGUCGAGGUCGUGUGACACAAUUACAGUUCCACCUGUCCCGCUAAUAAACUCUUAAUAGGGGCGCAGAUGAGCAGCCGCACCUGGCUGACUGGUUACCUCACUCGGGAGAUGACAAUGUAAAAAUAGUGAGCCACCGUGGUUAACUGUGACUGUGAACUUAAAGCUGCAAUAUGUAACUUUUUGGGCGACCUGACCAAAUUCACAUAGAAAUGUGAGUUAUACAGUGGGGAAAAAAAGUAUUUAGUCAGCCACCAAUUGUGCAAGUUCUCCCACUUAAAAAGAUGAGAGAGGCCUGUAAUUUUCAUCAUAGGUACACGUCAACUAUGACAGACAAAAUGAGAAAAAAAAUCCAGAAAAUCACAUUGUAGGAUUAUUAAUGAAUUUAUUUGCAAAUUAUGGUGGAAAAUAAGUAUUUGGUCAAUAACAAAAGUUUCUCAAUACUUUUUUAUAUACCCUUUGUUGGCAAUGACACAGGUCAAACGUUUUCUGUAAGUCUUCACAAGGUUUUCACACACUGUUGCUGGUAUUUUGGCCCAUUCCUCCAUGCAGAUCUCCUCUAGAGCAGUGAUGUUUUGGGGCUGUCGCUGGGCAACACAGACUUUCAACUCCCUCCAAAGAUUUUCUAUGGGGUUGAAAUCUGGAGACUGGCUAGGCCACUCCAGGACCUUGAAAUGCUUCUUACGAAGCCACUCCUUCGUUGCCCGGGCAGUGUGUUUAGGAUCAUUGUCAUGCUGAAAGACCCAGCCACGUUUCAUCUUCAAUGCCCUUGCUGAUGGAAGGAGGUUUUCACUCAAAAUCUCACGAUACAUGGCCCCAUUCAUUCUUUCCUUUACACGGAUCAGUCGUCCUGGUCCCUUUGCAGAAAAACAGCCCCAAAGCAUGAUGUUUCCACCCCCAUGCUUCACAGUAGGUAUGGUGUUCUUUGGAUGCAACUCAGCAUUCUUUGUCCUCCAAACACGACGAGUUGAGUUUUUACCAAAAAGUUCUAUUUUGGUUUCAUCUGACCAUAUGACAUUCUCCUAAUCCUCUUCUGGAUCAUCCAAAUGCACUCUAGCAAACUUCAGACGGGCCUGGACAUGUACUGGCUUAAGCAGGGGGACACGUCUGGCACUGCAGGAUUUGAGUCCCUGGCGGCAUAGUGUGUUACUGAUGGUAGGCUUUGUUACUUUGGUCCCAGCUCUCUGCAGGUCAUUCACUAGGUCCCCCCGUGUGGUUCUGGGAUUUUUGCUCACCGUUCUUGUGAUCAUUUUGACCCCACGGGGUGAGAUCUUGCGUGGAGCCCCAGAUCGAGGGAGAUUAUCAGUGGUCUUGUAUGUCUUCCAUUUCCUAAUAAUUGCUCCCACAGUUGAUUUCUUCAAACCAAGCUGCUUACCUAUUGCAGAUUCAGUCUUCCCAGCCUGGUGCAGGUCUACAAUUUUGUUUCUGGUGUCCUUUGACAGCUCUUUGGUCUUGGCCAUAGUGGAGUUUGGAGUGUGACUGUUUGAGGUUGUGGACAGGUGUCUUUUAUACUGAUAACAAGUUCAAACAGGUGCCAUUAAUACAGGUAACGAGUGGAGGACAGAGGAGCCUCUUAAAGAAGAAGUUACAGGUCUGUGAGAGCCAGAAAUCUUGCUUGUUUGUAGGUGACCAAAUACUUAUUUUCCACCAUAAUUUGCAAAUAAAUUCAUUAAAAAUCUUACAAUGUGAUUUUCUGGAGAAAAAAAAUCUCAAUUUGACUGUCAUAGUUGACGUGUACCUAUGAUGAAAAUUACAGGCCUCUCUCAUCUUUUUAAGUGGGAGAACUUGCACAAUUGGUGGCUGACUAAAUACUUUUUUCCCCCACUGUAGAUCUGUCAUUCGCGUUGAAAGCAAGUCUAAGAAGCCGUAGAGCUGUUCUAUGUGCGCUGUUUCUAUGCUUUCCAUGCUUAAGUUUAGUUUUUGUGUCUUUUACUUUCGAUUUUGUACACCAGCUUCAAACAGCUGAAAUACAAUAUUUUUGGUUAUUGAAAAUAUAUUUCACAGCGGUUUAGAUGGUACAAUGAUUGUCUACACUUGCUUGUUUUGUCACAUAAAAUAAAAUUAGGCAAACUAUUAGAAUUUUAGCAACUAGGAAAUAUUAUAUUGCACCUUAAAAAUGUUUUAUAUUCAUAGUUAACUAUGGUGGCUUGCUAUUGUUAUAUUCAAAACAUUGCUCCUACCUACUGAGCCACACAGUUGCUAUUUUUACUUUAAAUGUGGUUUCAAGUUGCGAAAAUGACUAAUUGAGGUGAUUUUGUGAUUGAUGUUAUUUUCAAAGUAAAUUUGAUAUCUGUUAGAAAUCGUGAGCCAAGUAUUAUUCAGAACCACAGCAAUCAUGUGGAAUCGUUGUAUCCCAAAUGGCACAGUUGUAUCCCAAAUGGCACACUAUUCCCUUUACCACUGCAUUUCAAACAUAGCGAUUGGUAAAAUAGCAAGGUUAGCAUCGUAAUAGAGAAUCAAUAUUAUUAUUAUGUUAAUGUAAAUUAGGUGUCCGAUUUCAUAUAGGUUCAGCUCAGUUUCAGUUUAACACUUUCCACUCACAGCACCUGUCAUCCCGUCUACAGGUUGAAAAUGGCAGAUUUGAUCAUUAAUAAGCGCCUAAAUUGGAACACAGUGGCUGUACUGUAACAUGCUAUACAUGACAUCAGAGCUCAGGUUCUCUGCUUCACAGCGCUGUAUGGGUUUUGACUGACAGCCGUUAUAAACCUGAGCACCACGCACGACAAGAAGAUGCCCCAUCCCUCCCGCUAAUUGAGCUACUUUUGAUCGAUGUGUUCUGAAAGAUAAAACGUUGAGGAUUAUAUUAUAAAAAAUACCGCUUUGAUGUCAUACAAGAAAACCACACACCCAUGAGUCCAAAUGUGCAGUUCACAUUUCCAUAAUUGAAAAUUCAUUUACAGUAUCAACAUUUAUGAUCGCUAUGGUUGAUCCAGAGUUAGAAGGAUGACAUGCAUUAUACACUGGGUUGUCCUGAACAGAAUGAGCCUAUGUUUGUCAUAUUGUGAAGAAAAGUUGCGCCGGAACAUGCACUUGAUUGCACUCAUGACUCCAUGCUACACUCAUAGAAAAAAAGGUGCUAUCUAGAACCUAAAAGGGUUCUUCGGCUCUCCCCAUAGGAGAACCCUUUGAGGAGUCCUUUUUGGUUCUAGGUAGAACCCUCUUGGUUCCACGAAGAACCUGGAAUCUGGGUCAGGUGGGCAUAAAUUGAAAGCUUAUUCUAUUGCCAACAUGUGUGCAUACAAUCUUAGAAAAAAGGGUUGCAAAAGGGUUCUUCGGCUGUCCCCAUAGGAUAACCCUUUUGGGUUCCAAGUAGAAACCUCUGUGGAAAGGGUUUUACAUGGAACCCAAAAUGGUUCUUCCUGUAAGUUACAAUCUGUUUGUUUGAAGUGCCUUUUGAAAGCCUGACACUGUAAGAUCAUAUUAGCUAGCCAUUUUUGGAUUGCGGAAACAAGAACAGUAAGUGUGUGAUGGUGGGGACGCAGGGCUGUGUUCCAAACAAAACACUAUAAGUCUACUUGCUUCAGUUCCUCAAUGGGAAAGCUAGGAGGGCUCAAAAGAACACCUUAUAGUUGAAGGCUCUUUCCUUGAGUUAUAAGUGCAUUGAAAUUACUUAGGAACUCUGCACAGUUUGGAGAGGGGUGUGGCCAAUUUGAGACACCAGUUAGACCUCUCACUCAAACCCUUGUAAUAGUUUUUUCUUAUCUUGCACCUAUUCCAACAUUUCAAUGAAUAUUAUUAUAAUGUUACUGAAUGUAUGGAGAGUAUUGUCAGAUUUCGUUAUUGACAAAUGCUGUGAAAAUGCACAUCAAAUCAACAGUGUAAUGUUUGGAUUCAGGUGAACUGUUGUAUCCUCAUCUUUGGUCUGAUAAUUUCCCCAUAAUAAAGUUUUCUCUUUCAUUUGCUAUCAUGGUCAUGCAUAUGUUUUUUAUAGUUCUUCUGUUAGAAAAAUUUAAAUUUGGCCCUAUCCAUAUAGGCCAAUUUCGACGAAUGUAAGGCCUUUCUUCUUUGGACACAUUCACACCAUAAAAGAAGAAAAUAAAAAAAUACAGGUCAAUUAUACCCGUGCUAACACCAGACUCCACAGAUUGACAGACGGCCAUAAACUGUGAAAAGGUGCGGUGGUCUGAGGCGGCCGGGUCUAUAGAAUAUAGUUUUGGGUUGUGUGUCUUGGAUGAAAAGGCCUAUUCGGUUGCAGCUGGCCUUGUCCGCGGUUCCCGGCGUCUCUACCGCAAGACAUUGAUUUAGUCUCCAAGGCACAACGCAAAUGUUAGACCCUGAACUGUUUGAAUACCGGAGUAACAAUACCCCGCCGGUUCCAUGAGCUGAUUGCUGAAAAUGAGGGAUGAGAUGGAGAGAGAGAGGGGGAGAAUAGAAAGAGAAGAGAAUUUGUUUUUUGCUUCUAUGAGCUGAUUGCUGAGAACGGGGGAUGAGCAAGAGAGAGAAAGCUAGAGAAAGAGAGAAAAACACACACAUAGGAAAAGGAGAUCAUUUUAGUUUUUGUCUCCUUUCUUUGCAAAAUGCUGCGGGGGGUUUAAGUUUUUGUUCGAAGGCUACUCCUCUUUUACUCCUCUUUUCACAAUGUCCCAACUGGUGAAUAAUACAGUUAUUGUUGAGUUAUUGUUGCAGAUUGUUGAUUUUAUUCUGUGCUUUUCUCUCUCAGAUAUUAGACAACUGGAAGUACCACAAACCCAAAGUGGCCUCUUACUGGCUGGUGAAGUUGGAUUCCACCAAACAAAGGAAGGUGAGUGUUAUCAAAGCCACUAUCCUGAUUUUGUGUUUCAGUCAAAAUCAAGAGUCCACCUCUUGAUUCAUAAUGAAGAUGAGAGAUGGGGCUGGGGAAAUGUACCCACUCUUUUAUAACCUACAGUAUAUGGGUAUACAGUAUAUCAUUUAUUUAAAUUGCCAUUGAACAGCUGUAAAUAUAGCAGAUUGUACCUUUAAUGCUUGUAUUAAUUGUGUUAUAUUAUUUUCAUAUUGAGCCAUUUGGUAAUUCAGUACACCAGCGUUUCUGGAUGUGUGCAGAUUUCUUAGUGAGUGCUAUCAAAAACAUGUAAUUCCAUGCAUUUCAUUUAAAAAACUUGCUCCUCCCUUCUGGCCUCCCCGUUCAGUCCCCUUGACAGAUCUGGAUAGGUGAAAGCAAUAUGGUGGAAACUAGGAGGAGCUGUUGGUUACACCUGCCUUGUUGUCUCAGAUCUGUUCAGGGGAGUGAAUGAGGACUGAGGGGGAGGGAGCAAGUGGCUAUGCCUAGCAUCACCGUUGUUGACAGCCUUAGCUAGACAUAGCAAGGAAUAACAAGCAGUGAACAAAAGUUACAUUAAUGUUGUUGAUCUCUUAUGUGGGCUGUGGUGGUGGAAUGUGCUGGAAUGUAUGCUAUAGACUCUCUUGUCCCUGGUCCUUUCUAAUGAACACCAUACGUUGGCUGGGCUUGUAGCUAUCCUAGCACUCUGCUAUCUGAUUAGCAUUGGAGGCUGCCUAGUGAUGGUGGAGGUAGCAGUCAAAUAGAGACAACGUUACGCUAGCCCAUUAAAAGUGCAUCUCUGCCCUUAGAAACACACACUCUCCUAUAUCGACAAACACACAUACGCGAGCACGCACAGGAACACACACACACACAUCAUGGCCAUCAGUAAUGAGACAAGAAAUCAAAAGGCUCCACAGCAAUAGCAAUUACACUGCUCUGAAAUAUGCAAUAAAAGAGAAGGGAAAGGAGGGAUGAGGGAGCCCUCAUAGACCGCCUGCAAUCUCUGGUGCCUGUACUACUCUUUCUGCCUUCAUCAGAUACUGCCUACCUACACACUUUGUCUGAUUACUAUGUAUGUGUGUGUGUGUGUUUGUGUAUUGUGUGUGCAUCAGCUUCCAAGUAUACACAGCCACACCUGCCAGCUAAGAAAGAACACUCCCAAUAAACUAGAAACCUCAGGUUACAUUUUACAUUUUAGUCAUUUAGCAGACACUCUUAUCCAGAGCGACUUACAGUUAGUGAGUGCAUACAUUUUUUUAACUAGAAAAGGAGGUUUCAGUAGAAGCUUUAUUUGCUUGCUCAGCUGGCUGAAAGUAUUAUUAUUAAUGGUAGAGGAAAAAGUUGACAUAGUGAGAUAGUUAGGCCUAUAUCUUUGAAAUAUCUUCCAGUAAAACCAAUGAAAAGUAAAUAUUUGGUGACCAUUGAAACCAAGGUUCCAAUGUUGAUUAAUGCAACUUUAAAUGCUUACAGUUUAAAAAGUAACUUAUAGCCUAACAUAACAGUUAUGAAAAUGCUGCAUCGAAGCAGCUAAAGUAAGAAAAAAGUGUGUUUUGGAUGUCUACCUUAAAAGAUGAAAGAGACAAGUUUAACCGUCAAAUAAAUACACCUGCCUUAUUAUCACCCCUGGUGUCACCAUAACGUAAGACGCAGUUAACAGUACAAAUCACGCCUUAGAAAACUAUGUAGCUAGAUGACACUGGGUUCCAAUUUGCUUCAGCUAAACAGUGGAGUGCAGGAUAAUCCCUCAUACCAUCUGUAGUCUAGAUAUCCUUUACAAAUAUGUGAAAGUAGGCCUAGUGUAUUCUCGCAUUACUAAAUUAUGUAAACAGCAACAUAUUCCCUAAAACAUUGAAUGACCAAUGUUGCAUACAUCGAUCUCCUCUGCUCACGGUGCCAAUUACUAAUGAAAUCAUGCAACCGUGCAUGUCUUCGAUAGGGUAUGAAAUUAGAUAGGAGAAUAUCUUUAACAUUGUAGGCUAUACUGUAGAUUAGCCUAAAAACUAGUGGCACCUCGUCCUACAGACGGUAAAAACAAUGUUUCUAAGACUAGCCUACAGAAAGUGUUUCCUAAGCGAGCUAUCAGACAUUUUUCAUACUGUCCCGUUCAUUCUGUCUACAGUCGUGGUCAAAAGUUUUGAGAAUGACACAAAUAUUAAUUUUCACAAAGUCUGCUGCCUCAGCUUUUAUGAUGGCAAUUUGCAUAUACUCCAGAAUGUUAUGAAGAGUGAUCAGAUGAAUUGCAAUUAAUUGCAAUGUCCCUCUUUGCCAUGAAAAAACAUUUCCACUGCAUUUCAGCCCUGCCACAAAAGGACCAGCUGCCAUCAUGUCAGUGAUUCUCUCGUUAACACAGGUGAGAGUGUUGACGAGGACAAGGCUGGAGAUCACUCUGUCAUGCAGACUGGAAGUUUUAAAAGGAGGGUGGUGCUUGAAAUCAUUGUUCUUCCUCUGUUAACCAUGGUUACCUGCAAGGAAACACGUGCCGUCAUCAUUGCUUUGCACAAAAAGGGCUUCACAGGCAAGGAUAUUGCUGCUAGUAAGAUUGCACCUAAAUCAACCAUUUAUCGGAUAAUCAAGAACUUCAAGGAGAGAGGUUCAAUUGUUGUGAAGAAGGGUUCCUGGCGCCCAAGAAAGUCCAGCAAGUGCCAGGACCGUCUCCUAAAGUUGAUUCAGCUGCGGGAUCGGGGCACCACCAGUGCAGAGCUUGCUCAGGAAUGGCAGCAGGCAGGUGUGAGUGCAUCUGCAUGCACAGUGAGGCGAAUACUUUUGGAGGAUGGCCUGGUGUCAAGAAGGGCAGCGAGGAAGCCACUUCUCUCCAGGAAAAACAUCAGGGACAGACUGAUAUUCUGCAAAAGGUACAGGGAUUGGACUGCUGAGGACUGGGGUAAAGUCAUUUUCUCUGAUGAAUCCCCUUUCCGAUUGUUUGGGGCAUCCGGAAAAAAGCUUGUCCGGAGAAGACAAGGUGAGUGCUACCAUCAGUCCUGUGUCAUGCCAACAGUAAAGCAUCCUGGGACCAUUCAUGUGUGGGGUUGCUUCUCAGCCAAGGGAGUGGGCUCACUCACAAUUUUGCCGAAGAACACAGCCAUGAAUAAAGAAUGGUACCAACACAUCCUCCGAGAGCAACUUCUCCCAACCAUCCAAGAACAGUUUGAUGACGAACAAUGCCUUUUCCAGCAUGAUGGAGCACCUUGCCAUAAGGCAAAAGUGAUAACUAAGUGGCUCGGGGAACAAAACAUCAACAUUUUGGGUCAAUGGCCAGGAAACUCCCCAGACCUUAAUCCCAUUGAGAACUUGUGGUCGAUCCUCAAGAGGCGGGUGGACAAACAAAAACCCACAAAUUCUGACAAACUCCAAGCAUUGAUUAUGCAAGAAUGGGCUGCCACCAGUCAGGAUGUGGCCCAGAAGUUAAUUGACAGCAUGCCAGGGCGGAUUGCAGAGGUCUUGAAAAAGAAGGGUCAACACUGCAAAUAUUGACUCUUUGCAUAAACUGAAUGUAAUUGUCAAUAGAAGUCUUUGACACUUAUGGAAUGCUUGUAAUUAUACUUCAGUAUACCAUAGUAACAUCUGAGAAAAAUAUCUAAAAACACUGAAGCAGCAAACUUUGUGAAGACCAAUACUCAUUCUCAAAACUUUUGACCACGACUGUAGACUGUUGCAUUGGAUCAUUGGAAUGUGCAUAUCGUUGUCUUAACAGGUUCAAACAACCACACUUGUGUAUCCAUUCCACUAUGUUCCCACAGGCUCAUAGUGCGAGAAAACGCAAUUUAGGAAGGACAUUUCACUCCUUAUGGUAUAGAAUACAUUUCCCCAGAAAAAUACGACCCGGAGUUGCUCAAUGCGGUAUUUCUCUAACAAAUCAUCAACAUUAGGCCUAUAUCCAAAGUCUGAUUUUGUAACAUAAUACGUCCUACAACAAAGCACCGAGCACUGUUUACAGUGGUGCCGCUUCCUCGCAUCAACUUUUGGAGAUUUUAUGUUGCAGUGGUCGUCUUUAAAAAAAAGAAUCCACGGGUUGCAAAAAGUACAAUUAGGAUGACAGGAGCUGAAAUAUCCAGGCUUUAAAUUAUAAAGUCUUGUGGUAUGCUUGAAAUUACGUUGCGAUUUCCCAAAACUACACUUGUUUUUGUGGGAAAUCAGGUAUUUUGCAUUGAAUAUGAAAGUGUACAUGAAAAUAUGAAAACACUAUAAGCCUAUGUCACGUAUCAAAAUUAAUAGCUAUCUUACCUCAAUGUUGUUAUCCUACAGUGGCUUGCGAAAGUAUUCACCCCGCUUGGCAUUUUUCCUAUUUUGUUGCCUUACAACUUGGAAUUAAAAUAGAUUUUUGGGGGGUUUGUAUCAUUUGAUUUACACAACAUGCCUACCACUUUGAAGAUGCAAAAUAUUUUAUUUUGUGAAACAAACAAGAAAUAAGACAAAAAAACAGAAAACUUGAGCGUGCAUAACUAUUCACCCCCCCAAAGUCAAUACUUUGUAGAGCCACCUUUUGCAGCAAUUACAGCUGCAAGUCUCUUGGGGUAUGUCUCUAUAAGCUUGGCACAUCUAGCCACUGGGAUUUUUGCCUAUUCUUCAAGGCAAAACUGCUCCAGCUCCUUCAAGUUGGAUGGGUUCAACUGGUGUACAUCUUUAAGUCAUACCACAGAUUCUCAAUUGGAUUGAGGUCUGGGCUUUGACUAGGCCAUUCCAAGACAUUUAAAUGUUUCCCCUUAAACCACUUGAGUGUUGCUUUAGCAGUAUGCUUAGGGUCAUUGUCCUGCUGGAAUGUGAACCUCUGUCCCAGUCUCAAAUCUCUGGAAGACUGAAACAGGUUUCCCUCAAGUAUUUCCCUGUAUUUAGCACCAUCCAUCAUUCCUUCAAUUCUGACCAGUUUCCCAGUCCCUGCCGAUUAAAAACAUCCCCAAAGCAUGAUGCUGCCACCACCAUGCUUCACUGUGGGGAUGGUGUUCUCAGGGUGAUGAGAGGUGUCGGGUUUGCGCCAGACAUAGCGUUUCCCUUGAUGGCCAAAAAGCUCAAUUUUAGUCUCAUCUGACCAGAGUACCUUCUUCCAUAUGUUUGGGGAGUCUCCCACAUGCCUUUUGGUGAACACCAAAAGUGUUUGCCAAAAAGCCCAGCUCUGUGGAGUGUACGGCUUAAAGUGGUCCUAUGGACAUAUACUCCAAUCUCCGCUGUGGAGCUUUGCAGCUCCUUCAGGGUUAUCUUUGGUCUCUUUGUUGCUUCUCUGAUUAAUGCCCUCCAUGCCUGGUCCAUGAGUUUUGGUGGGUGGCCCUCUCUUGGCAGGUUUGUUAUGGUGCCAUAUUCUUUCAAUUUUUUAAUAAUGGAUUUAAUGGUGCUCCGUGGGAUGUUCAAAGUUUCUGAUAUUUUUUUAUAACCCAACCCUGAUCUGUACUUCUGCACAACUUUGUCCCUGACCUGUUUGGAGAGCUCCUUGGUCUUCAUGGUGCCGCUUGCUUGGUGGUGCCCCUUGCUUAGUGGUGUUGCAGACUCUGGGGCCUUUCAGAACAGGUGUGUGUAUAUAUACUGAGAUCAUGUGACAGAUCAUGUGACACUUAGAUUGCACACAGGUGGACUUUAUUUAACUCAUUCUGUGACUUCUGAAGGUAAUCUGUGCCUGCAAUUUAACAUCAUGAGCAGAACCCCUAUCAUUGUCCUGUCUUGCCACAGCACUGUGAACUGCGGCACAUUGAAGCAUACAGUAUGAUUGGUCUAUUUACAGUUGAAGUCAGAAGUUUACAUACACCUUAGCCAAAUACAUUUAAACUCAGUUUUUCACAAUUCCUGAUAUUUAAUCCUAGUAGAAAUUCCCUGUCUUAGGUCAGUUAGGAUCACCACUUUAUUUUAAGAAUGUGAAAUGUCAGAAUAAUAGUAGAGAGAAUGAUUUAUUUCAGCUUUUAUUUCUUUCAUCACAUUCCCAGUGGGUCAGUAGUUUACAUACACUCAAUUCGUAUUUGGUAGCAUUGCCUUUAAAUUGUUUAACUUGGGUCAAAUGUUUCGGGUAGCCUUCCACAAGCUUCCCACAAUAAGCUGGGUGAAUUUUGGCCCAUUCCUCCUGACAGAGCUGGUGUAACUGAAUCAGGUUUGUGGGCCUCCUUGCUCGCACACGCUUUUUCAGUUCUGCCCACACAUUUUCUAUAGGAUUGAGGUCAGGGCUUUGUGAUGGCCACUCCAAUACCUUGACUUUGUUUUCCUUAAGCCAUUUUGCCACAACUUUGGAAGUAUGCUUGGGGUCAUUGUCCAUUUGGAAGACCCAUUUGCGACCAAGCUUUAACUUCCUGACUGAUGUCUUGAGAUGUUGCUUCAAUAUGUCUACAUAAUUUUCCUUCCUCAUGAUGCCAUCUAUUUUGUGAAGUGCACCAGUCCCUCCUGCAGCAAAGCACCCCCACAGCAUGAUGCUGCCACCCCCGUGCUUCACGGUUGGGAUGGUGUUCUUCGGCUUGCAAGCAACCCCCUUUUUCCUCCAAACAUAAUGAUGGUCAUUAUAGCCAAACAGUUCUAUUUUUGUUUCAUCAGACCAGAGGAGAUUUCUCCAAAAAGUACAAUCUUUGUCCCCAUGUGCAGUUGCAAACCGUAGUCUGGCUUUUUUAUGGUGGUUUUGGAGCAGUGGCUCCUUCCUUGCUGAGCGGCCUUUCAGGUUAUGUCGAUAUAGCACUCGUUUUACUGUGGAUAUAGAUACUAUUUUACCCGUUUCCUCCAGCAUCUUCACAAGGUCCUUUGCUGUUGUUCUGGGAUUGAUUUGCACCUUUUCAAAGUACCAAAGUACGUUCAUCUCUAGGAGACAGAACGCGUCUCCUUCCUGAGCGGUAUGACGGCUGCGUGGUCCCAUGGUGUUUAUACUUGCGUACUAUUGUUUGUACAGAUGAACGUGGUACCUUCAGGCGUUUGAAAAUUGCUCCCAAGAAUGAACCAGACUUGUGGAGGUCAACAAUAUUUUUUCUGAGGUCUUGGCUGAUUUAUUUUGAUUUUCCCAUGAUGUCAAGCAAAGAGGCACUGAGUUUGAAGGUAGGCCUUGAAAUACAUCCACAGGUACACCUCCAAUUGACUCAAAUGAUGUCAAUUAGCCUAUCAGAAGCUUCUAAAUCCAUGACAUCAUUUUCUGGAAUUUUCCAAACUGUUUAAAGGCACAGUUCUUUUUUGUUUAAAAAAAAAGUUUUUAAACCUUUAUUUAACUAGGCAAGUCAGUUAAGAACAAAUUCUUAUUUACAAUGACGGCCUAAACCGGCCAAACCCGGACGACGCUGGGCCAAUUGUGCGCUGCCCUAUGGUCGACCUAUGGGCGGCGCACAACCUUCAACUUAAUGUAUGUAAACUUCUGACCCCCUGGAAUUGUGAUACAGUGAAUUAUAAGUGAAAUAAUCUGUCUGUAAACAAUUGUUGGAAAAAUUACUUGUGUCAUGCACAAAGUAGAUGUCCUAACCGACUUAACAGUGGAGUGGUUGAAAAACAAGUUUUAUGACUCCAACCUAAGUGUAUGUAAACUUCCGACUUCAACUGUAUGUAAGGGAUCAAGGAGAUUAGAUGCAUGUUUUAAAGAAACACCCUCAAGAGUGGAGAUGAAUGGAGAGAGAGAACGUUCUCUGCUGAGUUUAUAAAACUGUAAAAAGAGUAGCACGGGAGCGCUGUUUUAUGUACAAUGUUGUCAACAUAAUUAGGUUGCUGUUACUCCCGUCCCUAUUGCAGAAUGCAGCCUUUUGACAAUAUGUACCAAAGUCGAUUUAAUCCACACUUGCAUUAGUCCCCUCGUUUGGUGAUUGCCAUUUAGGCUGUGACAACGAAAAGGCAGCAUUUACAUUUUAGUCAUUUAGCAGACGCUCUUAUCCAGAGCGACUUACAGUUAGUGAGUGCAUACAUUUUUCAUACUGGCCCCCCGUGGGAAACGAACCCACAACCCUGGUGUUGCAAGCGCCAUGCUCUACCAACUGAGCAGACAUUAUGUUUUAGCAGGGAAGUUUAGUAUGGUGACCUGAUCAUUUUGUCAAACAGAUUAUGAUCCCAAAAGUGUAAGUUUGAUUCCCAAAAUAAUUUAGUUAGGGUGUAGUGGCAGAUUUAUGUCAUUUUGUCUUCAGGAGAUUUUAUUAUCUGUUAUCUAUUUACUUUAUUUAGUCUGAUCAGUGGAAACAUAGGGUAAUUAAUGUGCUUGUCAGCAAGAACACUACUGUUAUUCCCCACACUUAUUUUAUUAUUCCAAUUUUGCCAGUGUAAUCACAUAUCUGAAAUCUUUGAAAAUGAAUUAUAUUAGUCUAUGCAUUGUUGCAGCCAUUCAUGGAUAGUUUUGAAUAAGUCAUACAAAUAAGCAUUGGAUAUUAAAUGCUCCAGGAAUCAAAUAUAAUUUUUGACAUUUUAGUAUUGUGCACAUGCUAGGCAGAGAUGGUAUGGUGGGUCACAAUUCAUAAACACAUCAUAUUUUGUCUAUGUAGAGUAAGAUGAUGGCAAGGAUCUUCAACUAGUAGGCAUAAACCACCUAAAUAUUGAUAUUCAUUAGAUUUUUCUUGAAGGUUGGGGGACACACAAAACUUGGGAAACAUAGAUCAGGGGUGGCCAACCCUCCUGGAGAGCCAGCAGGAUUUUCUUCCAGCCCUAUUUUAAAGCGAUAUUUCACCCAAAUGACAAAAUACAACAUGUUUGUGUCCUUACCUUGAAAGCAGUCUAUGGACAAGGAGACUGCAGUCUAUGAGUUGGUUACCCACUGCCAUCAACCAUUAAUAUAAAAAUGUGCAGAGCCUUGGUGUAGUGGUAACACUCACCGGCACCUGUCACAUACAACUUUCCACCUGAGAACAUGGAUCAACUCCUGCUUCCAACCUUCCCACUGUUUCUAGCAUUUGCCUGUCUCCCUAUCUCAUUUCAUUACUGUAUGAAUAAAACAUGUUAAAACAAUAUUUGCAUACUUUACAUUUCACCCCCCAAAAAAUCUCAAAGUAAGAAAUUAUGAGUGUUCAUUUAAUGUUCAAAGCAUCCUGAAUACACCUGACCUGUGGUUUUUAUUAAGAUAAAAUUCACCCUUGUCAUAGGCCUAAGCCUUGUCAAAAUAUGUAGAAUUGCAGGAAAUGAGCUUUAAAACAGUGCAAUCUUCCCCGUCUAGGAGUUGUGCCACUGAAAUUCACAGCAAAUCUCACUCCAAGCUUUCUUCAAAAGUUGGCAGCCCUAUAAAUGGCUUAUUUUAUCAGUAAAAAAGCAUUAGUAGGACUAUAGGAAACAUCAGGCAUUGAAUUUAGUGUUAUUUUGACAACAUUUGCGUACUUCAGCUUAUACAAGGAGUUACUUGUUGCUGGGUUGCUAGCCAAUUAAGUUUAGUUUUGAAACACCAUGUUAACUAAUGGGAGUUUUUGGAGUUACAAAAAGCUAAAUAUUGUAAAAGGAGGUAUAAUAGUUAUCAGAAUGAUUUUUGCAGGGUUUGUAAUUUGGAGUGUUCUGUAUCUUAAAAGGUGUACAAAUAGCAGUGUUCCAAAAAAUUUCAUAUUUUGGUCACCCUCCAUGUUAAAAUUAGCAUUUUUAAGUGAUUAUAUUUUUUAAAGUAUGAUGAGUAUAAAAAACUAAUUUCAGCAACUCAAGUUAGACCUCUCUGCACAUUAUAAAGUUGAAAUGGUAUGUUUUGCAUAAAAGCUGUAGGAUGAGUAGCGAUGGGAAUAAUAAUAAUAAGUAAUUGGAAGUAUGACGAAUAACAGUAGUGUGUUGCUUCGCAAGCACACUAUCUAAUUCCCUGUUAGAUUCUUAAUAUAUUAUUGCAUUGCGGUGGUCUUUCAUGCUGUCCCCCUGGCGUCUGUUCAAACCUUGAUUUAUUUAGAUUUUCUUUCUCUCCCUCCCUCUAUCUUGUGAGUUUUUUUAAUGUUUGAUGAAGGUUCUUGACAUCGUACGUGCUAACGUUUUUUUCUCUCUAUCACUCUCCCUUUUUCUCGUCUGUUUCUUUAAUGUAUCAUGAAGGUUCUGGACAUCGUCCGUACCAACGUGCGCUCGGUGCUGCAGCGGAUUUGGAGGGAGCCCGACGUGGACAGUUUACAUUUGUACCGCCUUUUCAACCGCGUCUUCAACCGACUGCUCUGGAGCCAUGGACAGGGCCUGUGGAACUUGUUCUCCAACACUGGGUAGGUCUCUCUCUCUCUCUCUCUCUCUCUCUCUCUCUCUCAAUAACUGAUUUCUCUUCAAUACUUGGUACUGUAGUGCUCAAUCCCAUAUCGACCCCUACCCACUAUCCCCUAUGCACCUGCAAAGAUAUGAGAGUAUUAACAAUAUGGUAAUAGCUCCACCAUGCCCUCACCCUCUGAUAGGCUAAGUGGAAUUUUCACCAUUGUGCUUACACCUAUCCAAUUCUCUCAGAUCACCCCAAGUGCAUAGAGGGUAGGGGCUAGGGAUCGAUUUGGGAUUGUGCGUGUAUCUCUCUCUGUCUUGAUAAGUGCAUAUUUCAGUAACAAAUGUCCAACAAGUAUGUAACAACUGAAAUCCAUGCUACAGCAUGAUAAUGACAGAAUUUUUAGGCUCCACAUUAUGCAAAAUGCAUGUUUGAUUGACAGCUGGUGGACUUAUUGACAGGCCGAGACAUGCGCUGCUGUGGAGAUGGCAGACAGACAGACAAAAAGACAGACAGACUGGCAGAGAGCCGGACAGACAGAGUAGACAGACAGACAGGCAGACAUACAGAGUAGACAGGCAGACAGACCGUGUAGACAGACAGAGUAGACAGACAUUCCCUCUCAUCCUGCGAAGAGCUACAGGGAUGAAAGCAACGCGUGUCUAUCAGAGUCGAGACACAUUUUGCAGUCUGCAUAAUGUGGCCACAGAUCUUGUUUUCUUAUCAUCUAGGCUUUUUAUGUGUCAGAAAGGAAGGAAGGAAGGAAGGAAGGAAGGAAGGAAGGAUGGAUGGCUAAAGUAGGUCCCAUACUCUUCUUUCCUCACCCACUUCUGUUUGUUAGUAAGGUCCUUUGAUGUCUCUCCCGACUUUUUUUGUGUGCCAUUUUUGUGCCGACUGUAAGUGGCUUUCUACAUAGUGACUCAUCUUACUCUGCAUCCUUGUAGAAACACACACACACACACUCCUAUUCACAAAUGCACACACACGAACAUUAUAUUAUAUCAUCUUCAAGAGCCAGCUGUGGUUCAGCCAGCUUCUCAUCUCGUUGCUGAUAAAGGUUCAACCUUUUCCUCCCUCUCCAUAUUAUUUUUGUAACCAGUUAGCAGCGCCGCCACCUCGCUCGUCGUGGGGGGCUACGUGGGUUUUUGUAUAGCUGCCCCGGCAACUGCCACAGCUGGUAAUUGAUUGUCAAUGACCGAGUGCGCCGUACUGUAGCCUGUGAACAGGCCUUGUUCGAGUCAGUGAGUGGCUUUAUUUCACUUGAUGAGAGUCCGAGUCUCCAAGCGGAUUAGCCAGCGGAUGCGGCUCAGGCACCACUUGCUGCUUGUGUCUAAUUAGGGUGCGCACUCCGGAAGGACGUGGGCCGCCCUAGCCACAGGAUAAACGCCCCGCCCCCUCAGUUGAGACGGAGAGGAGAGACAUUAAAACGCCCCGCCCCCUCAGUUCUCUCACAGAUCUGAGCGCCUCACAGUCGGGGGGAAUGGCCAGUGUGAUAAAGGGGGUUAAAUGUACAGCAUUUGUUUUAUCAGCUUAUGUCUUUGUGUGUGUGUGCUCUGUGGCGCAGCUCGUCAUGGGAGACCAUCUUCAAUAAGAGCAGCGAGGUGGUGUCGCCGCAGGAGCUCCAGUGCUGCCAGAGGCUGGUGCAGCUGUGCAGGGACUGCCUUCUCGUUGUCUACAAGUUCGUCUCCGAGUCCCGGGGCUCGCUCACCGGCCUCAACCCCGAAUGGGACGACACUAGGUAAGGAUCAACAUCCAAUCAACAUCCAUUCUUCUUUUGUUUUCUACUGAUGAAACAAAUCAUUUUCGCAACUGAUAUGCUUCCAACUUGGGUUGUAAAAUUCCAUACACUUAAAAAUAAAUCUUGGUUGGAGGUAGAAACUUUCCUGAAGUUCCCGGGUUUUUCCUGAAAUUCUGAUUGGAGGUAGAAACUUUCCCAGUUCCCAGGUUCUACAGAAUUCCUGUUUAGAGGUCUCUAUGCUAAUUCCCUCCUGAUUCUGGGAAGCCUCCAAACGGCAUUUCUGAGAAAAAAAACUGGGAACUUAGGGAAUUUUUUACCCCUACCCCCAAUAUGGAGUUGUUAGUGAGACAACACACAAGACUUGGACAACGUUAUGAUUCCCAUUGGUAUUUCAAUGUUUCGAAUCUCAGACCUGAUGAAAAUUCCACUGGGGAUCAGAAUGUUGCCCAAGUGUUGUGCACCCCACCAAUACAUAAUUUUUUUUUUCAUGCAUUUUCUUUCUCUAUCUAGCACCUGAACCAAGUGGUAGGUGUUUAUAUUUUCUCUUCCAGUGUUUCUUCCACUUCCCGCCUAACUCUGUUGCCCCCUGCCAACUCUAAUAUUACUCCUUACCCUUCCCAAUCCCGAUACCAACACACACACAAAUUUCAAAAAGUAUGGGUCUCAUUUGAAACUUUGCAUGCCGGCAGCUCACAACGUUAUUUCCGCACAUUUGUGCCCCAACAACCCCCCAUCUCGCCCUAACUACGAUUCUUCACAGGAAUCUCACCUGACCAACACCUUACCCCAGCCUCUAUACCCCUUCUAUAACACUUCUAUUUUUAAGGUCGAUCCUCGUAAGACUUGGUGGGGGGUUGGUUUUGAAUGUGUAAACUUUUAAGAUGCGUCCCAAAUGGCACCCUAUCACCUAUAUAGUGCACUACUUUUGACUGUAGCCUAUGGGCCCUGGUCAAAAGUAGUGCACUAUAUAGGGAAUAGGAUGCUAUUUGGAACACAAGCUAAGAACACACAGGGCUACAAUGUUAACAGGAAGGAAUGACCUUGGGAUUAGCGUGCAGGUUAGCAGGCCCCCUGAGGCCAGUUUAAUUCAAUUAUGAGCCAGAUGAGGCGUACCACAAAUUACCUUACGCCUGCUCCUUCCCCCAGCACGCUUUAGAUGAUUCAUAACCAGUGUAUAUUUAACAGGCUAUCACUUUGCACUUUCUAACUUAGUCAUUAAAAGGGUGGGGUUUGGGGGGAUUUUGGAUAGUCUGUAUUAGGUUCCGAUCAUCACCAUAAAGGAAAAAGUACAAAUUUAACAAAUACCUAACAAUGCUGUAACGUUAGUAAAAAAAAAGUAACUUUAGCUACUUUAUUAACUGUGCGCUUUCUCCCCUUCCUACAGUAAAUAACAACAACUCCAUUCAGAUUAUUAAGUAGCAGCCUACCUGUUUUUACUCUUGGUGUUGUAGCCUGUACUUCUCAUUUAACUUUUAGUUCUGUCAUUUUAAUUCCAUCUUCCAUUGAUUAGCUUAGAUAUCUCAGAAUAACUUGCUAUACGGAGGCUCUAGCUCUGACUGUAGCCUAGUGCCGGUUUGAUGACUUGUGAUUGGACGACAACAACAACAAGCUACACACGCCACUGUCAUGAAAAGCAAAAGCAGCAUAAAUUAUAAAAAUGUCUCUCUCUUUGCAGGAAGCGUGAUGUAGACCAUCAAUAUUGUGAAUUCACGUGAAAUGUUAUGAUUUAUUUCUUAUAGUUUUAACAGAAAACCGUCUGUUUAAACAGUAUUUUUGACCAGAGCAUAAUAGUCGACUGUGUAACUGAAUCUCUUUUGAAGAACUUCAUGCCUUAUCUUUGAGGAACUUGACGCCUUUCAAUGGCAAGAGACAGGGGUGGGAGUGAUGUGGUGUGUGUGUGUGUGUGUGUCGGACUCCUUAUUUAGAAGUUUUUAUUGACAGGUAUUAUUUUAGAUUAUGAGAUUGGGAGAUAGAUGAGAGGGAUACAGCGUAGAAAAAGUGAGUGGCGGAACAGGUAUCGAACCACUGCCUCCAGGGGAUUAUGUGGUUCGGCCCCGGCAUCAAUAGCCCUAGACCAGCCAGCAGCACACGUUUAGCACUCCUAUGGGGAAAGUCAUGCAUAUGAAAGAGAAUUAAGCAACCUGCCUGAAUGAAUACUAUUUACCUGCUUAGCCCCUGAGGGGUAUCCUUCCUUCUGUCCAUUAAAAUAAUAAAUUGGUCUAUCUCUCUUAACUUCCUGUGUGUGUGUGUGCUCACCAUGGAAGCUCACCAUUGGCUGCAGGACCAGCCACCUCCGCCCAUGGCUCUUCUUCCUCUUCCACUGCCUCUUCUUCCUCUGCCACCUCGCCCAUUGACGCAGGUCUAUGCUCGAUUCAGUGACCUCUAUUCUUCCCCUCACUCCGGCUUCACCCCUUUGCUGCCUACAGUCUGACUGAGUCCUCACCAGGGUUGAUCUCAAAAUGCUUGGAAAGACCACAUGUUGCAAAUAUCAAAAUGUUAGUGGAGACACCUUGAUAGUUUUGGAGGCAGCUUUAUGUUUUCUGGCAAAGAGCAGUGUGGUAGCUAACUAACUGUGAAUAAGUGAAUUGUUUCGCCCCUCAGCUAGCCAAGUUAGAUAGCUACCUAGCUAAAUGCAGCAUUAUGUUUGCUAGUAAAGAGCAGUGUGGUAGCUAACUAACUGAAUAAGUGAAUAGUUUCACCCCACGGUUAGCCAAGUUAGUUAGCUAGCUAAAGUUAUUUACAGUUAGUUAGCAACUGCUCCUACACUCUUUCGCUAGCUACCGUAAUGCUGUCAAAAACAUGUGGUAAUGAGGUGUCUCUAGUUGUGUUUACACUUUCCAAGUGUAUUCCAUUUCAAUUCAGUCAACUCUGGAAGGAAAUCGAAAUUCAACAUUCAAGAAUCCAAAAGUAUUGGACCCUUGGACUUUCAAUUCAUCCUCUGAAUUUGACUGAAAUAAAAAUGGAAUUGAGCCCUACCCCAAUUCCUCACUGCACACCUUCCUGCUAACUGUGGCUUGCUGUAGCUGUGUCCCAGUAGUCUCAGAUAGAUUCCUCACCUUGUCUCCUUUUUCGUCAGACUUAGUCUAAUAAAGGUUAAGAAAGCUGUCUGGUGAAAGGACAGAUUAGAGGUCAUGUAGGGAAGGAGGCAAGGAAAGUAAACAAGUUGAGACUGUUGGGAAGUAGCCUGUCAACAUGCAAUCGCAAGAGACUGUGAGCCCUGGCCGGCCAAUAACCUAACCUCUUCUCGUCACUGACACAGAAUGGGUUCCAUCGCACUGCGUGCUUAGCACAGUUUCACAACGAUGGCCAUCCUUCCUUUGAUUCCAUCAGACACUUGUGAAUGCCCCAUGGCCACCAUGGGGCUGGUUACGGUUAUUUUGUCAUUAGCCACAUGCUUUGUCUCGAUGGGGUGACAUUAUGUCUGCCUAUGAGAAGAGCACCAUCUUGCACCUGUCACCUCCUUCUGCUAGCCUGUGACUCAUACCCUACUCACUGCCGUUGUGUCUGGACCCCCUGACCUGCAUCCUUAUGCUGCCUGCUUACCUGACACACACACACACACUAACACGCUCGUAAAUGCACACAUAUGCAACACACACGCGCAUGCCAAACACACACACACUCACACACACACUCUCAAAUACGCAUUUUACACAGACAUAUUGUGCGGUACACACACACACACUGGAGUGGAGUGGGUCUCAGUGAUGAGAGACACUGCCACUCUAACUUAAGCACCUCUCAUGGUAGGAGUACAGAACACAUGUGUCACUGAUCACAUACAGUAGGUCUCAGAACAGGCCUUCUCUUUCUGUGUGGGCAGAACAUAUGAACAUAGCCACACAACAGUAUUAUUGUGUGCCUAGAUGUCUUUUCAAACUACUGAACUGAACCAAGCCGAACCAAACCAAGAUUUACUGAGCUGGCCUGGUUACACAUCCACCAUAGUUGCUUGAAUCCAGCUGAAAAGUACAAUGUGAAUUAUUCUAUUCAGUACAGUUAAGUGUCGGGACCAUAUCACGUGAUCGGCCUACCUAGUGUGGAAAGAUUGUUCUCUGUGUGAAUUCCUGAGAAGUAGAAAGGGAAAAGAGUACACACAAUCACCAACCACCACCCACAAGCAUCACCGCAUAGUCCAUGUUUGAAUUUCAUUUCUUGCAGUGGCAUUUCCAUACAUUGGCCAACAAGUGUUCCGUGGAAGAAAUAUGGUAAUGCCUUCCAAGAAGUAUAAUAAACACCAAAGUUUCAGACUGAUCCCCUUCGAACACGGUCUAGGGGGUUUGUAAUAAAACUCAAACAGAACGGAAUCAGAUAGAGAGGAAAGCCUUCAGGAGAAAUCAAAGCUUCUUCCGAAAUGGCUCCCUAUUCCCUAUGUAGUGCACUACUUUUAAACAGAUUAGGGAAUAGGGUGCCAUUUUGGACGCAGACAACAUAAUCAGAAACCAGGAAAGGGAUGAAUCCGAAAGGUGACAGACAAUCCCGCAACACCAUCCUACUGUACGUUUAAAUGUCAAUGUUGAAACUCGCAUCGGAAACCAUUGUAAGCAGUGCCCCUGAAGUUGUGAGGAUGUAGCGAAGCAGUGCAGCAAUACGAGAGGGUAUUGGCUAAGUAAUCCGCUCUCCCUCUCUUCCGGCCUUGCUCCAUUGAAUGGUUGAGCUCUAGAACAGGCCAAGUAGUACUGUGGGUGGGUAGUUUAACAACCGCAAUCGAAAAGCUUGUGCUUGACAAGUACCCGCACGGCCCACUUGAGUGGUUUUCAAGGACAUUCUUCUUGAGCUAAAUGAAGUUAAUUUGAAUCCUGCUCAACUCUCCUGGGUCGGGCUCUGUUGCGGCAGAUGCCCUCGACGCAGCAAGUCUUUUUUUCGGUCGACUUUAAAAAGAAGAAGAAGAAGCAGCUCGACUAAUUUUUCCAGGAGAUAUUUUACAGGGAAAGUCUGUCAGAGUGAACAGUGGUAUCUGGCAGCUAACAUAAUAACAUUAUUUCACACCAUAAUCCAUAUGGUUUAGUUGACAAACUGUUUUAUUAGAGUUACCCAUUGAAAAUCUGUAUAAUUGGAGCAAGCAGUUUUUUACUCAUGUAAUUUUUGUUCUCCCUGACUUACUUAAUUGAUGUCCCUUGCCAUUUUGAAUGAGUUUAAAUAUUGAUACAUAUAGUUAAAUUACAUAUUAUAUGCCUUGUUAUUAGACAUUAUAAAGGUUCAUACAUGCUUAUAAGUUAUAAAGCAAAGUGUUACAGUGAGUUGUUUGUGUUUGAGCUGUACUAAUAUUUAAAGAGGAAAUCUGCAGUUCAAACAAUAACAAAGUGGUAAACUCGCCACUUUUUUGGUAAACAGCUUAGGCAUGGGGCUGAAGAAAUGUAACUACUCUCAAAUUCAUAGACAGAGCUAUGGAUGCAUUUUCAACAUCUCCCUGACCCAGUCUGUAAUACCUACAUGUUCCAAGCAGACCACCAUAGUCCCUGUGCCCAAGAACGCCAAGAUAACCUGUCGUAGCACUCACAUCAAUGCUUUGAAAGGCUGGUCAUGACUCACAUCAACACCAUCAUCCCAGACACCCUGGACCCACUCCAAUUCACAUACUGCACCAACAGAUCCACAGAUGACGCAAUCUCUAUUGCACUCCACACUGCCCUCUCUCACCUGAACAAGAGAAACACCUAUGUGAGAAUGCUGUUCAGUGACUACAGCUCAGCGGUCAACACCAUAGUACCCUCCAAGCUCAUCACUAAGCUAAUGGCCCUAGGUCUGAACACCUCCCUCUGCAACUGGAUCCUGGAUUUCCUGACGGACCGCCCCCAGGUGGUGAGGUUAAGCAAUAACACAUCCGCCACGCUGACCCGCAACAUGGGGACCCCUCGGGGGUGCGUGCUUAGUCCCCUGCUGUACUCCCUGUUCAUCCACGACUCCAACACCAGCAUUAAGUUAGCUGACGACAUGACGGUGGUAGGCCUGAUCACCGACGACAGUGAGACGGCCUAUAAGUAGAGAUCAGAGACCUGGCAGUGUGGUGCCAGGACAACAACCUCUCAACGUCAGCAAGACAAAGGAGCUGAUCGUGGACUACAGGAAAUGGAGGGCCGAACACACCCCCAUUCACAUCGACGGGGCUGUAGUGGAGCUGGUCGAGAGCUUCACCACUUGGUACGGCAACUGCUUGCAUCCUACCGAAAGGUGCUACAGAGGGUAUUGCAUACGGCCCAGUACAUCACUGGGGCCAUACUCGCUGUCAUCCAGGACCUCUAUACCAGGCAUAUAGGCCCAACAUUUAAAAAAAAAGAUUCCAGCCACCCAGGUCAUAGACUGGUCUCUCUGCUACCGCACAGCAAGUGGUACUGAUGCACCAAGUCUGGAACCAACAGGACCCUGAACAGCUUCUACCCCCAAGCCAUAAGACUGCUAAAUAGUUAGUUAAAUAGUUAACCAAAUAGCUACCCGGACUAUCUGCAUUGACCUUUUUUGCAAACACUUUUUUUUUUACUGAUCACAUAACGCUGCUUCUAAUGUUUUAAAUAUCCUGUUGCCUAGUCACUUAAUUCCUAGUUAUAUGUACUGUACAUACAGUGGGGAGAACAAGUAUUUGAUACACUGCCGAUUUUGCAGGUUUUUCUACUUACAAAGCAUGUAGAGGUCUGUCAUUUUUAUCAUAGGUACACUUCAACUGUGAGAGACGGAAUCUAAAACAAAAAUCACAUUGUAUGAUUUUUAAGUAAUUCAUUUGCAUUUUAUUGCAUGACAUAAGUAUUUGAUACAUCAGAAAAGCAGAACUUAAUAUUUGGUACAGAAACCUUUGUUUGCAAUUACAGAGAUCAUACGUUUCCUGUAGGUCUUGACCAGGUUUGCACACACUGCAGCAGGGAUUUUGGCCCACUCCUCCAUACAGACCUUCUCCAGAUCCUUCAGGUUUCGGGGCUGUCGCUGGGCAAUACGGACUUUCAGCUCCCUCCAAAGAUGUUCUAUUGGGUUCAGGUCUGGAGACUGGCUAGGCCACUCCAGGACCUUGAGAUGCUUCUUACGGAGCCACUCCUUAGUUGCCCUGGCUGUGUGUUUCGGGUCAUUGUCAUGCUGGAAGACCCAGCCACGACCCAUCUUCAAUGCUCUUACUCUUACUCUUAGGGAAGGAGGUUGUUGGCCAAGAUGUCGCGAUACAUGGCCCCAUCCAUCCUCCCCUCAAACGGUGCAGUCGUCCUGUCCUCUUUACAGAAAAGCAUCCCCAAAGAAUGAUGUUUCCACCUCCAUGCUUCACGGUUGGGAUGGUGUUCUUGGGGUUGUACUCAUCCUUCUUCUUCCUCCAAACACGGCGAGUGGAGUUUAGACCAAAAAGCUCUAUUUUUGUCUCAUCAGACCACACAACCUUCUCCCAUUCCUCCUCUGGAUCAUCCAGAUGGUCAUUUGCAAACUUAAGACGGGCCUGGACAUGCGCUGGCUUGAGCAGGGGAACCUUGCGUGCGCUGCAGGAUUUUAAUCCAUGACGGCGUAGUGUGUUACUAAUGGUUUUCUUUGAGACUGUGGUCCCAGCUCUCUUCAGGUCAUUGACCAGGUCCUGCCGUGUAGUUCUGGGCUGAUCCCUCACCUUCCUCAUGCCCCACGAGGUGAGAUCUUGCAUGGAGCCCCAGACUGAGGGUGAUUGACCGUCAUCUUGAACUUCUUCCAUUUUCUAAUAAUUGCGCCAACAGUUGUUGCCUUCUCACCAAGCUGCUUGCCUAUUGUGCUGUAGCCCAUCCCAGCCUUGUGCUGCAAUUUUAUCCCUGAUGUCCUUACACAGCUCUCUGGUCUUGGCCAUUGUGGAGAUGUUGGAGUCUGUUUGAUUGAGUGUGUGGACAGUUGUCUUUUAUACAGGUAACAAGUUCAAACAGGUGCAGUUAAUACAGGUAAUGAGUGGAGAACAGGAGGGCUUCUUAAAGAAAAACUAACAGGUCUGUGAGAGCCGGAAUUCUUACUGGUUGGUAGGUGAUCAAAUACUUAUGCCAUGCAAUAAAAUGCAAAUGAAUUACUUAAAAAUCAUACAAUGUGAUUUUCUGGAUUUUUGUUUUAGAUUCCGUCUCUCACAGUUGAAGUGUACCUAUGAUAAAAAUUACAGACCUCUACAUGCUUUGUAAGUAGGAAAACCUGCAAAAUCGGCAGUGUAUCAAAUACUUGUUUUCCCCACUGUAUCUAGCCCAAUUUCCUUGUACUCCUGCACAUCGACUCGGUACUGGUACCCUGUGUAUAUAGCUAAGUUAUCGUUACUCAUUGUGUAUUUAUUAUUACACUGAACGAAAAUAUUAAUGCAACAUGCAACAAUUUCAAAGAUUUUACUGAGUUACAGUUCAUAUGAGGAAAUCAGUCAAUUGAAAUUAAUUAAUGAGGCCCUAAUCUAUGGAUUUCACAUGACUAGGAAUACAGAUAUGCAUCAGUUGGUCACAGAUGCCUUUCAAAAAAAGAUAGUUGCAUGGAUCAGAAAACCAGUUAGUAUCUGGUGUGACCACAAUUUGCCUCAUGCAGCGCGAUCUAGAGCAUCCCAAACUCAAUGGGUGACAUGCCUGGUGAGUAUGCAGGCCAUUGCAGAACUGCGACAUUUUCAGCUUCUAGGAAUUGUGUACAAAUCCUUGUGACAUGGGGCCGUGCAUUAUCAUGCUGAAACAUGAGGUGAUGGCGGCGGAUGAAUUGCACGACAAUGGGCCUCAGGAUCUCUUCACGGUAUCUCUGUGCAUUCAAAUUGCCAUCAAUAAAAUUGUGUUCAUUAACCGUAGUUUAUGCCUACCCAUACCAUAACCCCACCGCCACCAUGGGGCAUUCUGUUCACAAUGUUGAUAUCAGCAAACCGCUCGCCCACACGAUGGCCAUCUGCCCGGUACAGUUGAAACCAGGAUUCAUCCGUGAAGGGCACACUUCUCCAGAGUGCCAGUGGCCAUCGAAGGUGAACAUUUGCCUACUGAAGUCGGUUACGACGCCGAACUGCAGUCAGGUCAAGACCCUGGUGAGGACGACGAACACACAGAUGAGAUUCCCUGACACGGUUUCUGAAAGUUUGUGCAGAAAUUCUUCGGUUGUGCAAACCCAUAGUUUCAUCAGCUGUCUGGGUGGCUGAUCCCGCAGGUGAAGAAGCCAGAUGUGUAGGUCCUGGGCUGGUAUUGUUACAUGUGGUCUGCGGUUGUGAGGCUGGUUGGACGUACUACCAAAUUCUCUAAAACAAUGUAGUAGAGAAAUGAACAUUUAAUUCUCUGGCAACAGCUCUGGUGGACAAUCCUGCAGUCAGCAUGCCAAUAGCAGGCUCCCUCCCUGACAAAACUGCACAUUUUAUAGUGGCCUUUUAUUGUCCCCCAACAGAAGUUGCACCUGUGUAAUGAUCAUGCUGUUUCUUGAUAUGCCACACCUGUCAGGUGUAUGGAUUAUCUUAGCAAAAGAGAAAUGCUCACUAACAGGGAUGCUAAGAAAUUUGUUAAAAUUUUUUGGGGGAAUUAAGCUUUUUGUGCGUAACAUUUCUGGGAUCUUUUAUUUCAGCUCAUGAAACAUGGGACCGACGCUUUACAUGUUUAAUUUAUAUUUUUGUUCAGUGUACUUUUAUUAUUACGUGUAAUACUUUUCUAUUAUUUCUCUAUUUUAAGCACUUCACUGUUAGUCUACACCUGUUGUUUAUGAAGCAUGUGAUGAAUAACAUUUGAUACAUAUCCAGGUGCUCUAGAUUCACUUACUCACGCCAUCUCACCUCACACUGGUCUUAUCCCCACCUUCUCUACCAACUGUAUAUCUUUUUGCCAGAUGUCUAUUUGAUGGCUGCGGAACUCAUAGUCAUAGCUCAUCAUUAGAAAGGUGCAAGUAUUUUAGUCUAGGCUGGAACAAAAGGGGAGACGUAACCUCAGUUCGUAAAUGUGUCGUCAGCUUGCAGGUAUAAUGGGUUAAUGCGGCCAUGAUCUCUUCACUGUGACCCUUUGGGCCUCUAAUCCUCCCCUCAUUAUGUCCCUUGUCCACCUUCCCCCUCCUCUCUUCCCUCCAUCUUUCCCUCCGUCUGUGCAGGUAUCUGCUGCCAGUGACCUCCCAGUUCAUCAUGAAGUGGCCUUCGUCCAGCUUCGGCCAUGUCUCCUCGGCCAUGCCGCGCUCACGCAGCCUGUUCACCACCCGGAUGGGUCAGUUCUGA